AUGGACGCCUUCUGCGGAUCCAGUUUCUGGGUAAGUAAGCAUUCCUCCCUCCUCGCCGCCGCCGCCGCCUCCCAAUCCGUGAUCACCCGGUGGCCCUCGGAGGCCAGCGCAUCCCUCUCGUUUUCCCCAAAUAAGUAAGGAAGUCAAGGGAGUUCCCGCUCAUCUGCCUUCAGAGCAUGUCUCUUGUUUCAAGAAAGGACGAUCAUUUAAUGAAACACAGGCGCGGGCAUCGGGCAUCGCCAGGCUGCAACUUUCGGGCACUUAGUGAACUUUAAAGGGAUGGGGCACGGAAAGGUCGGGAGGAGGGGAGUCCCUAAGUUUCUGCAUGCGCAACCUCUCCUCCUGCCGAUGGGUUCUUGUUUUUGAUGGGGGUGGAUUGCCUCCAGAGUCUGGGGUGGAGAAAAGCACUCGAAAAGAGGGAGAAAGAGUUAAGAGGUGUGUGGACCAGCAGCAUGACGCGGGGAUGCAGACUCCUCAGAGGGGGGUUGCCGAGGGCGAGAAGGCAGGAGCUAUGCGAUGUGGGUUAGCAGACCUGGUUGGAGGCGCAGCCUUGCCGUAGAUGAGCACAGUCACGCGUACACGUGGAACCCAAACCUUGCAACCUGGAGGGCAGAAACUCGCGGAGAUGACUUGCCUCACGCAUCCCAAAACUUCCAAGUAAAAUAUAAUGGAGUUACGAAAAGAAACGUGGGGGGGGGUCAUCUUUCUCAGUUCUCAGCGUAUUAUCAAACAAGCGUGGACCCAAAAUGAAAUGUUGCAAUUCAUCCCCCAAAGGCGCGCUCCUGUCUUUCGAGACAGAUGGAUGCCAACAGUCCCUGUGUAUUGAGGGAUAAAACAAAAACUUGCCGGAGGCAGGUUCAAACCCAUGAAUGGCACGUGCUUGCAUAUUUCUGCCGGGUUAAAAACUAGCAGCACUUCUCACACAGAUGCACGUGCGUUCAUUCCCACUGGAAUCGAUGAAGCGAAGUACUUGGGAACGUGUUCAGCACUCAGACACAUUGCUGGCAUACCGAAAAACAGUUGCAUUUUUAUAGGAAUAAAAAAAGAAAACCUCUGCCCUACUGACUUCUAAGGUGAGGCAGGUGAGGCUACUCCCUGGUGCUGCAAACCUGACUAGACAGGUAUUUUUCCAAUCCCUUAACUGCCACACCAUUCUAAUGCUGGGCAAAACCAAUACACAAGCUUGAGCAAGGCAAUUGCUAGAGGCUGUUAGAGCAUGUGGCUGUUUCUUCAAAGUUGGAGUCUUAUUCAUUCCAGCCCUGGAGAAUAUCUCUGUCCACUGGAAGAUGUAUGUUGAUACUUGGGUCCUGCUUUUUUGGGGGGGGGGGGACCAAAGCAUACAGUGGUACCUCGGGUUAAGUACUUAAUUUGUUCCAGAGGUCCGUUCUUAACCUGAAACUGUUCUUAACCUGAAGCACCACUUUAGCUAAUGGGGCCUCCUGCUGCUGCCGCGCCGCCUGAGCCCGAUUUCUGUUCUUAUCCUGAAGCAAAGUUCUUAACCUGAAGCACUAUUUCUGGCUUAGUGGAGUGUGUAACCUGAAGCGUAUGUAACCUGAAGCGUGUGUAACCCGAGGUACCACUGUAUUGUUAUACAGCUGUUUAUUGUGCAGCAAUUCAUUGUUCCCUCCACAGAAAUGGAAGUAUCACAGGCUGCAUUCCUAGACCUAUGUACUUGGCUGGAAGCACCAUUGUGUUCAAUGGGCUUUUACCUCUGAGCAGACAUGCAGACUCACUCUGUCAGAUACAUUGUGCCCCAGAGGAAUGAAAUGGAGACUGACACAAAUUACAAAACCGAGUAAGGCUGAGCAUUUUUCAGGAGAAGAGAAUCUUCUUGCACUUUUGUCCAAAAUUUAAAUGCUUUAUUAUAUAGUCCUAUUGAGUUCAAUGGGAGUUUUGCCCUAAUUAGCAUAUUUUGGUUCAUAGCCUAAAUUUUUGUGUGUUGUAGAAAUGGUUAUCUGUGGAAAUAUAUACAUGUACAUUUGUGUAUAUUUUGUGUCCAUGGUAGGUCACUGAUUUGCAGAAGCAAGUUCGUGAUGUAUUGCCCUGGAGGCAUGCUAUAACGGUAUAGCAUGGAUGGAGAGCCUAUGGCUGACUGUAACUCCCAUCAUGCCUGACCAUUGAUUAUGUUGGGUGGAGCUGAUGGGAGUUUGAGCACAGCAGCAUCAAGAGGGCCACUGCCGUAUAGUGCUUUGUAAUAACUGGUUUUACUGAAUAAUGUAUUGCUGGCAUUGCUUACCUAGCUUUUCUCGUGGUUUCUUCAAUGCUUUUGUAGUGGCUUUUUCAGAUACCAAGGAGGAUAUCUUUGUCAUUCAAAGAUUUAAGUCUAGGAAAGUCUGUACAAAAAAAAUCCAAUGAUUUUGCAAUCAUAAUUAUUUAUGCAAAAUAAAUAUGUCGUGUAAUUACUAUUGCAAGUGCAUAGGCCUAGUUCUCACCGACGAUGGUUGAGGAAGACUUCCUGUUUUCUGGACUGUACAACCAGAUUGCAGGUGUGGGGAACUGUACGAUGGACUUGUUCCCUUAGGCACAACAGAAAAUAAGCAUGUCAAACCCGGGCCCUUUCUAAGAACGUUUUGAGAGCUCUCCACUCCGCAGCGUAAUGGCAGGGAAGGGGAAGAAGAAGAAGAAAUGGAUUAUAUUCAGGAGCACUAUUAGAGGUGUGAGCACCUUGUUUUCCGAAGGCUAAUAGUAACUCUGGGGGGUUACUGUUAGAUAUAAUGGGGAAACAGCACUGUGGGAAAGCAUUACCCCUUUCCAGAGAUAAUGCUCCAGUUAUAAUUGGAACCAUCAGUGGUUGCUUUAAUUUGAAAAUAAAAUAUUGGGAUAUAUUAUCAUGGAUCUUGUAUAGUUUGGCUCUCCAGUUGGUUACUGAGUUGAUUAGAACUCUUUCCUCCCCCUCCACCCCCCGUCUCUCAUGUGUGUGGGGCUGUUAAGCUGCGGCUCUCCAUUGCCUCCAAUGGAAGUGUUUCAAUGCAUUGAUGUAGGUGUAACAUGAUAUCAGUACAGUGGUACCUCAGGUUACAGACGCUUCAGGUUACAGAUGCUUCAGGUUACAGACUCCGCUAACCCGGAAGUAGUACCUCAGGUUAAGAACUUUACCUCAGGAUGAGAACAGAAAUUGCGCGGUGGCAGUGUGGCGGCAGCAGGAGGCUAAAAUGGUACCUCAGGUUAAGAAUGGAUCUCCAGAAUGAAUUAAGUUCUUAACCUGAGGUACCACUGUACAAGGGUGGCUCCAAUCCUGUGUAUUGUAGGACUGAUUGCAGACCAUACUCCCAUGUACCACAUUCAACCAGUCCUGGAACACAGCCCUUCUGAAAGUCAGCUGUUGCCCAACCACCUUUACCACAAUGCGUAAAUUCAUUAUGUCACCGCGUUUCUUUGUGUCUGAUGGUUCAAAGAGACUUUGUAGCUACUGACUUCUGCCCAGCAGAAGUUUAACACAAAGAUAAGUCCAUUCUGUUAGCCACUUAACGGAAUACUCUUGGAGUCUUACACAUGUGCUCUGUGAAUUUGCAGUAAGCUGCCUCACCUUUUAACAGAUAUGUAUGUGCUUCUCAAAUGUACACUGUGUGCUGUGCUGUUGAGUGGUUCAUGUUUCUUAAUAAGAGGCUUCUUUGGGUAUCCAUAGUAAAACAAAAACAAAACACUUUAGUUUCAUUUCCAUUAUUGGUUUGGAGGAAACUCUCCACCUCCUUAAAGAGUAACCACUCUGCUCGGACUACUCCUAAGAUUUAUUUACAGUGGUACCUUGGUUUACGAACUUAAUCCAUUCCGGAAGUCCGUUUUUAAACCUAAACUGUUCUUAAACUGAGGUGCGCUUUCCCUAAUGAGGCCUCCCACUGCCAGUGCCCUUCUACCGUUCGGAUUCCGUUCUUAGACUGAGGUAAAGUUCUCAAACCAAGACACUAUUUCCGGUUUUGCGGAGUUUGUAAACCAAUUCAUUCUUAAACCAGACUGUUCUUAAACCGAGGUACCACUGUACUUACUAUCAUUUUUAUCUCUCACUUCCUCAGGGUGGUGGACAAGGUUCCCCCAUGCACUUUUACCCUUACAACAAAGCAGUGAGGUAGAUUAGGCCUAGCAAUAGUGACUGAUCUAGGUCAUCCAGUGAGCUUCACGGCUGUGUAGAGAUUUGAACCUAGUUCUUUUCUGUCUUAGUUCAACACUCAGAAGAACCACCACUCUGGUUCCAAAGCUAGAUAGUAAGCUGCUGGCUAAAGGGAGUGUCUUAAAAAUAAGAAGAUGAUGCUUUUCAAAAGCAACAUGAGAACAAUCCCUUUUACCUUUGCCCCAGUUUAGGGAGUGUCUUGAUCUGCGGUGUUGUACUUCAUGUUGACACUGACAGCCGCAUUAUUAUUUGUUUAAUGCACAUAAAAGUUUCUUAUGCCAAUAGUAUACUGCAGGCUAGUGGGAGCUAGCCUCAUAUUGGGCCCAACAGUUUUGUGCAAGUUUUAAACGCUUUCUUGGUUUUAGUAUGUCAGACUGGAAAGCAAUGGAGCCGGUAACACAAAAAGUAGAUUCUGCAAAGGCUGUUCUGUCUAGAAAUAGAAGGGCAGCUCUCCCCUCUUUGUAUCUGCUUAAUAAAAACCCCUCUUAGAGUCAUAGAAUUGGAAGGGACCCCAAGGAUAUUCUAGUCCAACCUCUGAUAUGCAGGAAUCUCAACUAAAGCACCCAUAACAAAUGGCCACCCAACCUCUGCUUAUAGAAAUCUCCAGUGAAGGAGAGUCCGCCACCUCUCAUGGUGUUCCACAGUUGAACAGCUCUUACUGUCAGAAAGGUAUUUCUGACGUUUAGUUGGAGUUUCCUUUCCGGUAACUUGAACCCACUGGUUCAGGUCCUAGCCCCGGAGCAGGAGAAAAGAAGCUUCCUCUAUCUUCCAUGUGACAGCCCUUUAGAAGAUGGCUAUCAUAUCUCCUCUCAGUCUCCUCUUUCCCAAGCUAAACAUACUCAGCUCUCUCAACAGUUCCCCGUAAGGCUUUGUUUCCAGACCAUUGGCCAUCUUGGUUGCCCUCCUGUGCACAGCUUCCAGCUUGUAGACAUCCUUCUUAAACUGUGGUGCCCAGAACUGGACACAGUAUUCCAGGUGUGGUCUGACCAAGGCAGAAUAGAGUGGAACUAUUGCUUUCUUUGAUCAGGACACUAUACCUCUGUUGAUGUAGCCUAGAAUAGCAUUAUCUUUUUUGCUGCUGCAUUACCCUCUUGACUCAUGUUAAGCUUGUGGUCUACUAAGACCCCAAGAUCCUUUUCACAUGUACUACUGGCAAGCCAGGUGUACCCCAUCUCAUAUUUCUUCCUGCCUAGGUGCAGAACCUUUCAUUUGUCCCUAUUGGAAUUCAUUUUGUUGGUUUUGACUCCUUCUCCAUUCUGUUAAGGUCAAAUUGAAUCCUAAUUGUGUCUUCUGCAGCAUUAGCUGCCCUUCCCAGUUUGGUAGCGUCUGCAGAUUGGCUGAGCAUCAUCUCAAGACCUUCAUCCAAGUCAUUUAUAAAGACGUUGAACAAACAACAGGCACAGGACAGAACCCUGUAGCACCCCACUUGUCACUUUCUCCCCAGAAUGAUGAUGAACCAUUAGUGAGCACUUUUUGCAUUCAGUCAUCAAGAGCUAAAGAAGUAGUACGGAGAGUGUAUGUUUGUAAUGACAUCACAAUAUAAAGCAAGCAAAACGAACAUCAGAGCUGAACCCCUAUUGAUGUGAGUGGAAAGUGGUGGAGUCCCCUACUGGACAUCUCUUUCACAGCAAUCUUAGAUUUAAACUAAAUUUCCUGAUUAUUUUAGAAAUUUUCAUCCUAGAGAAGUACCUAAAAAAGCAAAGGUGUUAGUAAAUAGGAAGAGCUUUCCCCAUAAACACUGUUGCCAAGAACUGCAUACAGAACAACCAGGAAAUUAUGUAACCAACAUUUAUUAGGUGCAUUCCAGUUUUUAAAUACAUUGUUGAUCAUCCCAAGAGAAAGGAUUGCUUAACUGUUCAGGAAUCCUGUGAGGUCAGAAAGUUCUAGAUGAAAUGACUGGCUUCUGUGAAAGUUAAUUUACAAGCAGCCUUCUGAUCAAAACAGCAAGUGCCUCUUCUUGUUUGGUAAAUCCACGAGCUAAUUCAACUGCCACCCCCAGAGUGGACCGUUUUUCUAGGCUUGACCUAUAGUUGCCUUUCUCUUUCAAGAAAGGUGCUGCUCCUGUUCUGCAAGGUGAUGGUUGGAGAUGCUGAUGCAAAUAUGCCUGCUUCUAUAUAGGGUGGAGUUAGAAGCAGGGUUAGAUGUGAAGAAGCAGUAUUCUGAACAAUGAGUUUCUUAUCUCUCGGGCUGCGUACAAUACAGACUAUACCAUUUGAAGCACAUUUCCCCCUCAAAUAAUUUUGGCGCCUUUAGUUUUACCCCUCAGAGAGUUAGAAGUCCUAGCAGCCCUUAACAAACUACAGUGAACAGAAUUCUUAGAGGGGUGGGGGCAUGUGCUUUUAAGGUACUGAUCACUGCAGAUGGUGACAGCAGUCACGAAAUUAAAAGAUGCCUGCUUCUUGGGAGAAAAGCAAUGAGAAACCUAGACAGCAUCUUAAAAAGCAGAGACAUCACCUUGCCGACAAAGGUCCAUAUAGUUAAAGCUAUGGUUUUCCCAGUAGUGAUGUAUGGAAGUGAGAGCUGGACCAUAAAGAAGGCCGAAGAAUUGAUGCUUUUGAAUUAUGGUGCUGGAGGAGACUCUUGAGAGUCUCAUGGACUGCAAGAAGAUCAAACCUAUCGAUAAUGAAGGAAUUCAGUCCUGAGUGCUCACUGGAAGGACAGAUCCUGAAGCUAAGGCUCCAGUACUUUGGCCACCUCAUGAGAAGAGAAGGCUCCCUGGAAAAGACCCUGAUGUUGGGAAAGAUGGAGGGCUGAAGGAGAAGGGGACGACGGAGGACGAGAUGGUUGGACAGUGUUCUCGAAGCUACCAGCAUGAAUUUGACCAAACUGUGGGUGGCAGUGGAAGACAGGAGUGCCUGGCAUGCUCUGGUCCAUGGGGUCACGAAGAGUCGGACACAACUAAAUGACUAAACAACAACAAAUGUACACAGCCUAGGGGAAGAAUUCAGUGCACAGCUAUAGAAAUAAUUCUAUCAACACCUGCUUUUCAACUUGCCAGGUGGAAAAAUCCCCUUCCUCCCUCUACAUGCUGUUCUGGGGGUUCUCACAACACACACAUCCCAAGCCAAUUAUUGGGGGUACAAGGAGCACUGGGGGAAAGCCCCAUUGCACAAGCAGAAAUAUUUGUGCAGGGCUUCUACUGACAGAACUCAUUAAUUGAACAUUUAGCUGAAAUUUACUUCCCUGCAAUCCCUUGGUCCUGCCCUCUGGAGAAACAGAGAAUAUCUUCUAUGUGACAUCGCUUCAGGCAUUCAAAGAUGACCAUCGUACCCCCCCUUAACCUUCUCUUCUCCAAGCUGAACAUCCCCAGCUCUUUCAACCAUUCCCCAUAGGGCUGGGUUUUCAAAAGCCCUCGCCAUCCUAUCUGCCUUGUGCUGGACAUGUUCCAGAACACAUGUCCAUGCAAUACUGGCAUAUCUGAUCAUAAAUACAAAUCAAGUAGCCAGAAAUGUAAAACAAACAAACAACAACUUAAAACAAGAGUACUAUUAGAAGUUAAAGGACACCAAUCAAUCCUGGAGUUUGAGCAAUGAAACUGUGGGAAGAGAAGAAAGAGGUGUUGCAAGGUUAUACCAGACCCAGCAAAAUUCUGCUUGGGCAAUAGUGAAAAGCAGUAAAGGAAAACAACAGAGCUUCAGAAUCCCCACAUCAUUAAUUUGGUACCAACAUGUUGCAUAAAGUAACUUUGAUGAGGAUGAGGUAUGUUGAAACUGCCUCUGCAUCCUGAAUAGGCUUUUGUAUUUCUGUACUGUUGUGGAUUUGCUAGUCAUGUUGGCGCAAUCAUUUUGGGAAAUACAAACCACUUCCAACACAGUCCUUAGUUUGUUGCAAGACCAGUUCCACACCCUAUCUACAUCACUGCCUAACCAUUUUGGUGGGAAAUUUGCAUCAGGUCAGAAUACAUUUGUAUAAUGAAUGAGAUUAACUGUAUAUACUGUAAUUAUGUCCUUCUUCCCCUCCCCCCUGCAGUAGUGUAUAGUGUUGCUAUCUUCUGUGGUCGAUGUUUCAGGCAUCUUGGGCAGAGUCUUUUGGAGCACGUUCAGAAUGCAUUUCUCAGGCUGAAAUUGUGCACCCAUGCAGCUAGUUGCCAUGGGGUGGAGGAGGAAGAUGUUUGAUCCAUUUUUUUGCACGUGACACUCCCAGACUUGUUUGCGUAUCAGAAUGCAGUUCCUAGCUGGAUUAUUCUCUUCUCCAGCUUUUGUGCAUAAAAAGUCUGUACGAAAAAGUCUUCAAGGAAAGCUAAAUCUCGUAAGUGAGUAACACCUGCAGAUCUUCUUGCUUUGCAUGGAGCCACCUGUGCUGUGGCCUCAGUUGACCAUGUGGCCUUUGCAAGGAAGGGGUGGAGGAAAUCAUUAAUCAGUUUACUUCUUUGGAACUGUAUAGCCUCAGUACCCUUUUAGGCCACAAAUGAGUUGUUUAUUACUUAUAAAAAUCUCUUGCAAGGAUCCAGGGCAGAAACUUGGCCUGGUGCAAUCUAAUUAUAUUAAGAUAUUUUUUUUUUCAUUUGCUUUGGGGCUCACUUCAAUAUCCUGAGAUGAUUAUGUAACAACUAACCACACUGUGUGGGCAAUUUUUAUAUCACAUCACAUCACAUCAAUAUAUAUAGAUAUGAGAGAGAGAGAGAGAGAGAGAGAAAGAAAGAAAGAAAGACACUAAAAUGCUUGAACUUAACAAUGCUUAUAUGAAGUGUUUUGCCUGCCAAAAAUUACUGCUGAAAAUGCUUUGGGACACCGUACUUUGCAGAAGGCCUCUCUCCCACAGGUUCUUUCGAUGUUUACACUGUGCAUUCUACACAUGCACCUCUUUUGUUCCUCCAUUCAGGCAAGUGGGAGGGAUUAUCAGACUUCAAGAACUUGUUCCAGCAAGGUAAAAGCACACAGGAAGGGUGUGGAGCAAGGCCCGUGGGUGGCCCCAAGGGAGAAAAGGUGUGGAGCGUGGUCUCGAGAGUCCCAGAGGCAAAACAGAGAGGGCUGGAAUUUGGUCCCUGGGCUUGAGAUUUCCCACCGUGGUCCAGGCAGAGGAUUCCUCCCCCCCCCCCACCCUUUAUCAAGUGCUGCUAACUGUAGCCUUUUAAUCAGCAUUGAGGAUGCUGAGUCAGCAUCCAGAACAAUCAGCUUAUUGGCUAUUAUAUCAAAACACAGUAGGGAAUAAAAUAUUUUCUAGCUGGGUUGCUUUAUGUACCUUAUUGCAGAAUAAAUCUUAUUUUCAAGCCAUAAUUUUUUAGUGCUUUUUAAUUCUGCUGUUGUGAGUGAGAAACCUUGUUCUAUAGCACUAGAAAUAUGUGUGACAGCAACAGAGUUACUUGCAAUUAAGUUAAUAAUAAUAAUAAUAAUAAUAUCCCGUAGGUUGGAGUGCCUAUCCAUGUGCCAUGGCCAGAUGUUAAAAUCCAAGUUAGGGUUUCAAUCAACAAACUUCAUGGCAUGCCAAUUACAGUCCUACGUAAAUUAGUCAAGCUCAGUUAGAUGAAUCAGAUUUACACUUGAACAUAUUUGCAGUGUUUGUGCAGAGUAGAUCCUCAUUGCAAUAUUCCACCAAAUUGUGUUGUUCGAACCUCUAUCAUAUUUAUUUUUUACUCCCUUCAAAUGCUCUUUGUAAGAUUGGGUGUACAAUUUGAUUAACGUUGUCAGCACUUGGAACGAAUGUUUCAAAGGCUGUUCAAGCCACUUGAGUUACACUAAAUGGUCUGUGGUUUUUGGAUACUGUAUUGGCACAUAAUUCACCACCCACUGGUUGUGAUGUUGGCAAGGCAAAGAAAAUCCAUCUGUCUGGCUUGAUCACUCUUAUCACCUGCCAGGUGGGCUGAUCAUCCAAGCAGUAUUGAUGCUUCUUGCCAAUGGUUUUCUUGGAGCACAACAGCCUCUCUUAUUGCUAAUGAGCAGGCCUGUAUGAUGUAGAUGACAGGGGAAUUAUAGAAACAGAAGGUGCCUAUUUUGUGCUGACUUAGCGCAAAGUUUCUUAGCCCAAAAUUGAAAAGAGGUUACUCCAUGGCCCCAGGUUUCCUACAUUUCUAUACCAGUUUGAUCAUUCAAUCCAGCGAGUUAAAUAGGAAACAAUGGGAUAGGUUUGUUUUGCCCAUUAAGUACUUUAGGCAAUGGGACAUUUUAGACAUGACAAGAUCUCUAGAGCACUAGCAAUGGAGAGAAGUAAAUGGACUGACUUUCCAUACAUUAAGUUUCUUUAACUUCUGCCUCCAUCCCUCAAUAAACUGCCCAAAUCCAGCAAGAGAAAUCUAUCAUGUACUGCCAGUGGAGGUGAAUGUGCAUCUACAUACACAUCUCAGCUGCGUUGUGUUUCUCAGUCAACGUCUUUUUGAAUUGACUAGAUGCAUCCUUUUUUGUGAAUGAAGAUGUGCAGCCACAUUCAAAAGCACCAUUUGUUGCAUUUUCUAUUAUUUCAUUCAGGAGUAAGAUGCUCAAGUAUGUGGUGGCCUCUCAGCUCCAGGUUUUCCUGGAUGAAGCAGCUUAUCUCUUUUAGCCCAGCUUCAUGUUUGGUUGUGGGACUGAGACAGCCUUGGUCCCCCCGGUGGAUGAUCUAUGGCAGGGACUAGAAUGUCAAGUCCAUUCCUGUUGGUUAUGCUGGACCUCUCAAUGGCUUUCAGUACCAUUUCUUGGACCACCUAGAUGGGGUGAUUCUAAAGGGACAAGGUCUUGUUCUGCUCCCAAACCUUCCUGGAAGGUGAUGCUGGAAAAUACCAGUUUGACAUAGGGCUAUUGACCUAUGGCACUCCUCCUGGUUCCAACUUCUCUCCCAUGCUGCUGAACAUCUACAUGAAACUAUCGAGAGAGAUCAUCAGGAGAAAUAGAGUGUGGAGUCACCAGUAUGUGGCUGACACCAAUCUCUAUUUCUUCAUUCUAUCAAAUUCCAAGGAGGUUGCUGAGAUGCUGGACCAUUGCUUGGAGACAGUAAUGUGCUGGAUGACGGCAAGUGAAUUGGCACUUCAUCCAAACAAGAUGGAGAUGGAAAGAACUACCAAUUUGGGGAUAGAAUUCCAACCUGUUUGAGAUGGAAUAGCAAACCCCUUCAAAACUCAGGUUCAGUUUGGGAGGGUGCUUUUGGAUCUGACCUUGAACCUGGAAUCCCAGGUGAUGGGUGCGGCCAAGAGUGCUUUUGUCCAACUUAGUUGGUGGUGAUUAUUAUCAACAAUUUAUUGUUGUUGACAAACACAGUUCAGUCAGAACAAACAUACACAAUUGCUAAGUGUCAUCAGUUUUGUUAAUGGCAGGGUUUUGUUUUUGUUUUAGGACAUUAGUGACUAGUCUCUGUUGUCAUUCAUAGCUUUCUUUCCAAGUGAGGGAAGCUGAAGAGUAUGAAGUGGGUAUUUCAGUUUCCCCACAAGCACUUCCUUGUGCUUGGGGAUUGAGUGCAUGCUGCUAUACACUGGAAGCCUUUGCCACAUGGUCUUCAUGGGCUUCCAGUUCUGUGGUUGGGUGUGUGGGGGUUUUCAAAAUAAUAGGAAACACUGUGGUGUUAACGUCUUCUUUAUGGUCCAAAGCAUAUAUGUACAAACUGGACAUGUACCUAUGUACAUCCUAUGCACACAUGCACACACACACACGUGCGCACACACACACACACACAGUAUUUUAGAAAAGGCUGAGUUUGUUUUUACAGCAACCCAACUGUUCUUUACCAUCCACCUCUGCCUUCAGUAAGUAAGGCUGUGACAAUGCCAUUUCAGGCAUUAAGGUAUAAUGUUCUUAUCUGUGACCUGGUUUUAUUUGCGUGCACAAGUAUCUGAAGGAAAUGAGUCAGGCGGUUGGCACUUAGAAAUCAAUGGAGCAUGUGUGGGCAAAAUAAGAAUGAAGGGCAAACUGCCUUUUCAGGGUCUUGCUCCAAAAUGUGUGAGCGCUUCCCAAAAUUACUACCUAGCAGAGGUUUAGCAUUGAUUUUUAGGAAUGCCAAGAGACUAAUGUGUAUAAUUGACUCACAGGUGUGCACUAAGUGUGGUUAGCAGCUUGUUUACUGUGAAAUGUCACUGCAAGCCUUGACUACUGCCCCACUGUUAAGAAAAAAAUCUUGCAUUGCAUUUUUGCCAUGUUUCCACAUUGCACACACCUUAAAAUGUAAUGUUUGGUGUUCUAAAGCACAUGACUAAAAUAUGUGUGAUAUGUAAUGUGUUGCAGGGAUCUCCCAGUUGACCCUGGUUCCUAGUUGUAUUUACUAUAUAUGAAACAUAUGUGUUUUCCAGCAUAGUAUGUGAAGCAGCCCUUAGUCUACUGGUAUAUUUUGCAUUUCUCCUCUUCCUGCCCUUAUUAGCUUCAAUCAGGGGCAUGCAGGAAGACUAUUAUUGAAAUGCUUCCAAACAGGUCACUAAGCCCAUCUUACAGAAGUCCCGUGUGUGCAUCUUUCCGCCAAUUAAAUGCAUUCUGCAAAGGAGGUUUACUUAGGGUUCUCCCAACCCAAUUGUGUAGUGCAGGGGGAAGAUGGGGGAGAAGGCGCAUUGUGCUAGCAAAAGUCAUUGUGCUGGCUUCUGCUAGUGAGACUAGUUAGUUGCAUCCAACCCAUAAUGACAAUAUAAUGGAGUAUUAAUAACCUUGAUUAUUGUGCAAAUAACAUAAAAUAUCCCAACCAUUAAGAUAAAGGACUGAGAACAAAUUGUGUGUAUUUCUUGUCUUGUUUCUGAGUCGGCUCUCUUUUUGUUUAAUGAAGUUGGUGAUAUGGUUUUCAUCUAAUUUAAACUUUAUUUGUCCUCUUUUGGCUUAGUAAUGUAGCAGAGUAUCAUUGAUAGCUUUUAACAGUCACUUAAAAAAAUAUAUCCUUGUAACACACAAGUUCACUAACAGUGGACAACCCUGUUUUUCUUCUUGCACAUAUCCAGCUGAAAUCAGGAUGGUUAGUCAUUUUUUAUCUUCUUAGUUAUUCCAGGAAUGUUAAGUAUACAGGCUUGAGGAAAGGGAAUAAUCUCCCUCUCUUCCUCCUCCUCAUGCACCUUCAUUGAGACUUCCAAAGGCUGACUUGUAGUGAACCUGUGGCAUUCCUGGUAUGCCACCUCCUGUAGCGCAAUUGCGAAUCCCCCUGAUGAUAGAAAUGGAGACAAUGGAAGGAGCCUACACCCUGUGCAAUUAGUUCCACUUGGAAGUGCAAAUGGCACUGUAAACAAGGGGUGUAUCUAAAGCCUGUUCUGUUCCUGUUCCUUCCACCUUCACUGGAGGAGAGGGAAGUGAAGGAGGAUUUAUUUAUGGUUAUGAGAGAGUUAAGCUAGUAGGUUUUAAAUUCACCCUCAUUUGCAGAGCUGACUUCUCAUAGUUCUCUCCCUCAUGGUCAAGAGAUGAGAGUCCUUACACCAGUGGUAGCCAAUGUGGUGUGCCUCCAAAUAUUGUGCAUUGAAAACCCAUCAUGUUUUUCCUUUGGCCACAUUGGCUGGGGCAGAACAGAGAUAGGAGUCCUAUAAUGCCACUCAUCCACUAUAUUCACUGUCAUGAGUCCCAUGGAGAUAUCUUGGAGGCGCUGGUUAAAUCAGGAAACAGGGUGGGAGGAGCUUGAAGAGAUUCCCAGAGGGUUGGGAAGGUAUUCAUCUGGUUCCUAGGAAGUCCUGGAGUUGAUGCUGGAGGUGCAGUCAGAGUUCUGCGAGAUAUCUCACUGUGAUAUCACAAUACGCUCUGGGUGCUUAAGGAAGACCUUGAAUAGUCUUCCACUAGGGCGAGAAAAAAAUGUUUAAAGCACCCCCUCCCACCCCACAAGCUGGCUUCAUAUUAUGGUACUUAUUAAGUGGCAGAGGCAGUCAGCUGCACAUGAGAGAGUGUGUGUGUGUAUAACUAGUUCCACUCAGAUAUAUGAAAAGGCAGGAGGUUAUCAGGUGUGUCAGGGCUGAGAUGAAAGAGUGCAUUGUGUUGCAUUAGAGAAUGUGGGCUGAUAUGGUGAAUUGUUGCAUUAUGGUACAAGUAGGCUCAGAGGGCAUUAAGUGCUCGGAUAUUUGGCUUUGCAUUUCCUUCUGGGCGGGGGGGAGGGGACAGAGUCACUUGGCUCUUUGCUGGUUUGUGAUAGAGGCUUGGAGCAGUCAGUAUCCCUGUUGUGUCCACUAAUGCUUUCCCUAUCCUUUCCAGGAUCCCAACCUUACGCUGCACACUGACAGCCCAGACCUAACACCAUGUUUCCAGAUGACUGUUGUGGCGUGGGUCCCGUGCUUCUAUCUUUGGUGCAUCUUGCCCUUUUAUCUCCUUUAUCUAAAAUGCAACAACCGAGGCUACAUUGUACUGUCUGUGCUGAGCAGGUUUAAAACGGUAAGAUGCGGCGCGCGUGCACACACACACACACACACACACACUCUGACUGCAGAUAAGGGCAGAGUUUUGUGCCUAAUGAGAGAAAAUGGCUAGGGGGGAAAACUUAAUCAUAUGCCCUCCGUUCAAAAUGUCACGAAAUAACAUGAUUGUGAUAAUCUGCAAAUUACCCUUGUACUGUCAGAUAAGUUUUUGAAGCAUGGAAUUUGGCUUUACGAAAAAGAUAGACUUACUGCUCUGACGCAGCCUUCCUCAAACUUGGGUCCCCUGAUGUUCUUGAACUACAGCUCCCAUCAUCCCUGACCACUAGCCAUGCUGGCUAGGAAUGAUGGGAGUUGUAGUCCAACAAACAUCUAGGGACCCAAAGGUGAGGAAUGCGGUUUUUUGUGUGUUUUUUUUAAACAAAAGGAACAUAAGAAGCUGCCUCAUACCUAUCAGACUCUUGGUCCCUCUAGAUGGGUACUGUUGACGCAGGGUUUCAAGCAGGAGCAUUUCCUACAGCUGCCAGGAAUUGAACCUGCAAAGCUUGUGCUCUACCACUGAGCCAAAGCCCUUCCAAAAGCGUGAGCAGACCUUUCCAAAGGUUCUGGGUGGGGCUGGGAGAAAAAGGGGGAAGAGCUUCUGCCUCUUGCGUAGUUAGCUAGACUCCUUAUUUUCUGAGUUCUGGUCUCCCAGACUCUGCACACUUACUAGUUCUUUAGACAGCCUUCCUCCUUUCGCUCUACAUUCCCAUCUGUAAGCACGUCAUGUGGUGAGGUGGAAACACCCUUCCAAGCUGCUAUCACUGGCACUUACCCGGAUGGGGCAGCAUGGCAGCAAAGUCAGGGCUGCACACAUAUACCAGUGGGAGCACUGCAUUGGCAGCAGCGCUUCCCUCCCCACUGCACUCUCACUGACCUGACCUUGCUGCCGCCGCCUAACCCCACCCAGGGAAGCAGCAGCAACGCUGUGGUCGGGAGGGUAUCUCUGCUGCACCGCACAUUCCGUUACUGCAUUUCAUCACUCUGUGCAGCUAUCCGUUUUUGCUGCUAAAGACCUUUUCCCACUUUUGGAAACAAUCGUUUGGAUGAUUAAGUGACAGGCAGGCAUUUUUAAUUGGAUUUUAAUCUCAGCUGUCCUCUGGGGGGUGGGGAGAGUUCUGUUUUGGUGGCGUUGUUGCUAAUAAUUAAGAAAAUCUCUUGACCCAAGUGUUACUUUUGUUUUCUGCUGAGUUUCACGUGAUUUGACAGGGUUAUAAAUUCAAGAGAAGGAGGAAUCUAUUCAAUUUAUUAGAUGGAUGCAGCCCAUCACCUAUUGAAGUCAACAGCCAAAUCUCUAUAGAUUUUUAAAGCUGUACUGAAACAAUGUGCUUCCAGCUCACAGCAAAUUUAACAUCUCAUGACUUCCCUUAAGCAAUCCACAAAGAGCACCAUCUGACCAUGUUGAUUUGCAGCAGGUGAUAUUUGAACAUUGUGAACACGUGAAACCGCUGUGCCUCCAUUCACUUUAGAUGUGCCCUUCAACUCAAGAGAAUAAAAGCAUACAGCCCUCCAAGAAGUGGCAACAAUUAAAAGAAAUUCAUGAAAUGAUGGGUUGUUACAAAGAUUUAACCUCACUGCCAUUUGCCACUUCUAAAUAAAUGCUCUGGUACCAAAGCCAGGAUAUGUGCUAAGCUCCUAAGCCAGCAGAAGAUUUAAAGUUCACAGAGUGAUGUACGUUUGCGAGGGGAGAGUUUGGCCUUUUGUUGUCAUAAGCAAUACCAAGCUCUGGCACCCUGACUGUGUAGUUUCCUUCCCUUGUGUUGGAGGGCACAUCCAGGGUGAAUGGCAGCACAAAUAGUUUCCUUCGUACUGCAAGCAGAUAGAACAUCACACCACUGUCAUUGAUAUGGGACUUGCAAAAAUAUUGCGCAAAAAGUGCAAUAGCAAACCAUCUGCCCUGUGAUUUUCCUGGUGCAGACAUGUCCCCAGUCAUUGCUCACAUGUCUGGAAAUGUACAUGUAGUUGCCUCUGCAUGGGAUAUUGGUACUCUAAGACAAGCUUGUGAAUAGCCAAUUGCCAGUAGGCUGUGGCAAGUACGAAUCACCUCUGGCUGAGCAGCAAGAAAGCAUAUGCUUGCAAACUGAAAUAAAAACCUGUGCAUUUUUUUUCUGCACUUAGGCAGGAAGAAGCAGAUGCACAAAUAUAAGAUGGGGGACAUCUAGAUUGCCAGUAGUACAUGUGAAAAGGAUCUAGGGGUCUUAGUGGACCAGAAGCUUAACUUGAGUCAAAAGUGUGAUGCAGCAGCAAAAAAAGCUAAUGCUAUUCUAGGCUGCAGUAUAGUGGCCAGAUCAAGGGAAGUAAUAGUCCCAUUCUAUUUUGCCUUGGUUAGACCACAUCUGGAAUACCGUGUCCAGUUCUGGGCACCAUGAUUUAAGAAGGAUGGUGACAAGCUGGAACGUGUGCAGAGGAGGGAAACCAAGGGGAUCAAGGGUCUGGAAACCAAGCCUUAUGAGGAACAGUUGAAGGAGCUGGGUAUGUUUAGCUAGAAAAAGAGGAGACUGAAAGGAGAUAGAUAGCCAUCUUCAACUAUCUAAAGGGCUGUCACAUGAAGGAUGGAGGAAGAUUGCUUUCUCUUGCUCUGGAGGGUAGGGCAUGAACCCCGCCCAUCUGGCUGGGUUUCCCCAGCCACUCUGGGCGGCUUCCAACAAAAUAUUAAAAUACAAUAGUGCAUCAAACAUUAAAAGCUUCCCUAAACAGGGCUGCCUUCAGAUGUCUUCUAAAUGUCAUAUAGUUGUUUAUUCCUUUGACAUCUGGUGGGAGGGUGUUCCACAGGGCGGGUGCCACUACCAAGAAGGCCCUCUGCCUGGUUCUCUGUAACUUGGCUUCUCGCAGUGAGGGAACCGCCAGAAGGCCCUUGGUGCUGGACCUCAGUGUCCGGGUGGAACAAUGGGGGUGGAGACGCUCCUUCAGGUAUACUGGACCGAGGCCAUUUAGGGCUUUAAUGGUCAGCACCAACACUUUGAAUUGUGCCCGGAAACGUACUUCCAAGUUACAAGAAAAGAGAUUCCGACUAAACACCCAGAAGAACUUUCUGACAGUUAUUCGACUGUGGAACAGACUCCCAUGAGAGGUGUUGAAGUCUCCUUCACUGGAGGUUUUUAAGCAGAGGUUGAAUGGUCAUCUGUCAUGGGUGCUUCAGUUGAGCUUCCUGCAUUGUAGGGGGUUGGACUAGAUGGCCCUUGUGGAUCUCUUCCAACUCUAUAAUUCUUUCUGCUCUUCAGGCCAUCAAUAUUGUACAAACAACUGCCAUGUGUAGGUGUGGGCAGGCAGAGACUAGUAAUUUUUAUGGCUAACCUGCAAGGCUGCUUUCAGAACAUGCUGCAGUAUAAAUGCUCUUUGAAUACACACAUUGACUGAAUACAUUGCUACUCUUGCAGAUGAAUUUAUUUUCUCUCUCUUUCGUUUGAAGGUCUUUGCUUUUGUUCUCUGGUGUGUUUGCUGGGCCAAUCUCUUCUACGCUUUCCAUGGAAUUGUUCAGAGCAGAACCCCAGCACCCGUAUAUUUUGUUACACCCUUACUUGUUGGCAUCACAAUGGUCAGUAUGCCUUUCUGUUGAUGUUAUUGAUUGCAUGGGGGUCAAUGUUGAUGCUUAAACGUGAUGUGAAUUAAGUUUCUUAGAUCAGGCAUGGCUGCCUCUUAGAAUCGCAGAGAUGGCUGUGGAAUUGACUGUUUGGUUAUCAGCAGCAAAUUUAGUGGAGAGAAUGAUGGCAAUUAUUAUGGGAAAACAUAGGAAGCUGCCUUACACUGAGCCAGGCCAUUGGUCCCUCUAAUUUAGUACUAUCUACACUGACUGGCAGCAACUCUCCAGAGUUUCAGAAAGGAGUCUUUUCCAGCCUUAUCUUGUGGUAUCUGAGGUUGAAUCAGGGACCUUCUGCAUUCAAAGCAAUUUCUCUGUCACUGAGCUAAGGCCUUGACAUAGAGGAGGGAGACAGAACUUUGACAGAAGGUAGAAGAUGUGCGUUGCAAAUUGCUUUUGCCACUCUUCAUCCUCUUAUUUAUCUGUGGAGUCCUCAGGGCUACUGUUAUAUGACAAUAUGUCAUAUUAUCUUGGAUUGUACAAGAUCAGCAGUUCUGAAACAGCAGCCAAAUUCUGAACAAAAUAAUGCUUUGGAUGAUAAUAAGAAGCAAUCAUAUCCUUAAAGUGUAUAAUUUUUCCAUCUAGUUAAUACUGUCUAUUUCUCGUCCCGUUUUAAAAGUCAGCAUUGGAGAAUUCUGCAUAUAAGCAAAGGAGGAAGGGACAUUUUUACUGUUCUGAAUUGCACAAAGUUUUUCCUUGCCUUUGUGGCAAGAAAGCAAAUAAUAUUUUCAGUGAGCCUCUAUGAAAUCUAGAAGUUGUAUGAUGGAAACGAACAUGAAAACACAAAUGUGGGAUAUCUGAGUUAAAAGGCAAUAGCCAUGUCUUCCUGGAUGAGGAAAAAAACCAAGCUGUUUCCUUAUUUUUUAUAUAUACAGUAAUUAUGCUGUUAUCUAGUUCUGAAGCAAAGCGCUUUUUUUUGGUGGGGAGAGGGAACGGAACUAUGGCCACAUUCAUGCCAUACAUUUAAAGCACUAUUAUGCCACUUUAAACAGUCAUUGCUUCCACCAAGCAUUCCUGGGAACUGUAGUUCAUUAAGGAUGGUGAGAGUUGUUAGGACAGCCCUAUUCAUUUCCCAGAGCUACAGUUUUCAGAGUGUGAAGUCAAUCCCCCUUCACAGAGGACUCUGGAAAUUGUAGCUCUGUGAAAGGAAUAGAGGCCACCAAUCAACUCUCAGCAUCCUUAUUCUUUGAGUGUUUAAAGUGGUACCGUAGUGCUUUUAAUGCAUGGUGUGCAUGAGACCAAUGGAAGCAGAAGAACAAACAAACCAACAGCAGUGUUUCAGAUCCAGGCUUUUAAAGCAAGCUAAGAGAUGUCUGCAAGAAACUCAUGUAGCAGAAAAACAUAAAAGAGUAUUAAUAAAUAAGAGAUUGGGGCUUGAGUUUAUUGCAUCAAGUAAAGAAAAAAAGAGAGGGGUGGUAAUCUAUGUAAAACCUCAGCUGGAGCCAAAACUGCUUUACAAUGAUGAAAAAGGCCGAACAGUGAUUAUAGAGGUUAAGAUCAAUAAUGAAAAAGUGAUAGUUAUUGGAAUUUAUGCACCAAAUGAAAGAAAAUCCGAAUUCUAUCAAUUCCUGGAAGAAAAAGUCAUAGAAUAUUUAGGGGGGGAAAUUAUAUUAUUAGGAGAUUUUAAUGGAGUAGUCAAUCCAAACAUGGACAGAACAAUAAAGAAGAAAGAAAAGAGGCAGAACAAACUCCCAACUACAUUUUUCCAAUUAAUAGUACUCCUGAAUUUGUUCAACGCUUGGAGGUUUAAGAAUCCAACAGAGAAAGAAUUUACACAUUAUUCAGAGCCACAGAAAUCGGCGGGACGAAUCGACGCGAUCUGGACAACAAAGGAUUUAUUAAAUAAUAUUACGAAAGCAGAAAUCCAUCCAAGGACAAUUUCAGAUCACAGCGCGGUCUGGGUUAACUUUAAAGGAAAAGAAGAAAAGGUUAAAAGGUGGCAACUUAAUGAGAGUAUGCUAAACGAUGAAGAAAUUGUACAGAAGGCCAAGCAAAUCUUAGAAGAAUAUUUUAAGUUUAAUUUAAAUCAAGUAGAAGAUCUCGAGACGGUUUGGGACACGGGUAAAGCCGUCAUAAGAGGCUUCUUUAUACAACAAAACGCAUUCCAAAGGAAAAUAAAGGAGAAGAAGAAAAUGGAGAUCUGGGAGGAAAUUAGAAAAAAGGAAAGGAUCCUUUUCCAAAAACCAGAUGAUGAACUAAUUAAGCAAAGUAUAAAAAUUUUACAGAUGCAAUUCUCCAUGAUAAUAAAUGAAGAGAUAGAAUGGAAGAUAAAAUGGUUGAGACAUAGAAAUUUUGAGUUUGCAAAUAAACCUGGCAAACCUCUGGCCUGGCAAUUAAAGAAGAAAAAGGAAGAUAGAAUUAUCAAUAAAAUUAAAAUCGAAGACAAAUGGAUUCAAGAACCGAAGGAAAUUAGUAAAAACUUUGCUAGUUUUUUCGGAAAACUAUAUAAAGAAGGUCCAGAGACUCUAGAAAAAAUAAUUGAUUAUUUAAUAAUUGAUUAUUUGGGCAAAAAUAAACUACCAAUAAUACCUAAGGAAAAAACUGAAAUCUUGAACUCACCAAUAAUAGCUAUGGAGGUGCAACAAGCUAUACAGAGAUCAAAAUUAGGAAAGACACCGGGCCCAGAUGGUCUUCCAGCGACUUACUAUAAAAGUUAGAACAAGCAUUAUUUCUUCCCAUGAAAGACCUAAUGAAUAAUAUUCUGGCAAAUGGAAAGCUUCCGAAAACCUGGAAGGACAGCUUUAUUACUCUUAUCCAUAAACAGGGAACAGAUGCCUCAAACAUGGCCAAUUACAGACCCAUUGCACUGCUAAAUAACGAUUACAAGAUAUUCGCAGACAUUCUUGCAAAUAGAUUAAAAAUGGUGCUGAAAGAGAUAAUUCAUAAAGAUCAAACCGGAUUUCUUCCCGGACGAUUUAUGCAAUCCAAUAUUAGAUGUGCGAUUAAUGUAUUAGAAUAUUUGGAUAUUAAAAUUGAUAAACCAGCAGCUAUUAUGUUGGUGGACGCUGAAAAAGCAUUUGAUAACGUGUCCUGGAAGUUUAUGAAAAAAUUAAUGGAAGAAAUCGGACUGGGAGAAAAUAUUUGUAAAGGAAUAAAUGCCAUCUACUCGGAACAAUAUGCAAAAUUGAUCAUCAACGGAAGAAUUACUGAGGAGUGCAAAAUAAACAAGGGAACCAGACAGGGCUGCCCACUGUCACCACUGAUAUUUAUCUUGGUGAUGGAAGUCUUGAACAAUCAGAUAAGAAAGGAUGAGCUUGUUAAAGGCAUCACUCUGGGAAACAAAACAUAUAAAAUUAAAGCUUUUGCGGACGAUUUACUUGUUAUGACUGAAAACCGUAAAGAAAGUCUGAAAAGAGUGCUGGAAUUGAUUAAAGAAUUUGGAGAUGUGGCAGGCUUUAAGCUGAAUAUAACAAAAACAAAACUGCUUGUUAAAAAUGUAACCACAGAAGAAAAGGACGACUUAGAAAAAAUAUUGGGCCUGAAAAUCUCUUCAAAAGCGAAAUACUUGGGUAUUUGGAUCACCCCCAAGAACAUAAACUUAUUUCAGGAUAAUUACACCAAAACUUGGUUAGAGAUUAGAAAAAACUUGGUAACCUGGAGUAAACUAAAAUUAACAUUUUUGGGUAGGAUUUCCAUUAUAAAGAUGAAUGUGCUUCCAAAAUUAAUCUUUUUAUUUCAAAUGAUUCCGAUACUGGGUGAAGCAGGUUGUCUCAAGAUAUGGCAAAGAGAAAUUUCCAAAUUCCUGUGGGAAGGGAAGAAACCUAGGAUUAAACACCUGAUCUUAAUAGACAUAAAAGAGAGAGGAGGCUUUUCCCUACCCGACCUAAAACUUUACUACGAGGCUGCCUGUUUCACCUGGCUAAAAGAUUGGUGCACGUUGCAGGAUCCGGACCUCCUGGACCUGGAAGGUUUUGACAACCGUUGGGGAUGGCACGCCUACCUAAUAUAUGGAAAAGCAAAAAUUCAUUAAAAAUUUACCAACCAUAUAAUAAGAAAGUCACUCUUUGCUGUAUGGGAAAAAUAUAAAGACCUGAUGGAGCCUAAAGUCCCGUGGUGGACUUCUCCAGUAGAAGCCAUAGCAGUAAAACGGAAAAAUACUCAGGAAAGCUGGCCAACAUAUAAAAUACUUCUUAAAAAUGAGGACAACCAAAUAAAAUUUAAAAACUUUGAGGAAAUAAGAGAACACAUUUCAGACUGGUUCCAAUACCAUCAGUUAUUUGAAAAAUUUAAAUCUGACAAACAAAAGGGGUUCUCAGCAGAAAUUUCCCGAUUCGAAUUUGAUCUUGUAAAUUCUAAAAGAAAAACUCUUUCCAAAACUUACCGACUCCUCCUUGACUGGACAGUCAAGGAGUAGGUAACAGUGGCAAUGGUGAGGUGGUCCCAAGAUUUUGGCCAUUCAAUAACCAUGGCCCAAUGGGAAAAUUUAUGGAAAAUCAAUUGGAAAUUCACAAACUGUUACACGAUUAGAGAGAACUUUCAAAAAAUGCAACAUCGAUGGUAUCUAACACCAUGGAAACUUUCAAAAAUGUAUAAAAAUGUGUCAAGUAAUUGUUGGAGAUGCGGAGACUCAGGAACAUUCUACCAUAUGUGGUGGAUAUGUAGGAAAAUACAGGUAUUCUGGGAGAGUAUACAUGCAGAACUGCAAAAAUGCUGAAGAUCUCUUUCAAUAAAAAACCAGAGGCCUACCUCCUGGGAAUAACAGAUUUGGAUAUUCCACAAAAGAGGAAGGGUAUCUUUUUAUAUGCGACGGCGGCAGCAAGAGUUUUGAUCGCAGCAAAGUGGAAGAGUAAUGAAAUUCCCUCUAUACAAGAUUGGAUCCAAAAGCUGACAGAAUAUGCCGAAUGAGAUGGUUUAUCAGAAAAAAUAAAGAAUAAAUCAAAACAGGAAUUUGUUUCUAAAUGGGAGGUUUUCAAAGAAUAUCUGAAAAAUAAAUAUAGUAAUUUAAAUUCUGUUGCAGCAUUCGAGGAACUUCAGUAAUAGUUGCUAGGUAGAUAGAAGAAAUUAGAUUUAUUGAGAAUAAGUUUAAUUAUGAAAAUGUGUAUUGGCAAUAAGUAAUAUGAAUUUGAAAUAUGGAAUAGACGGGAAGUUGGGUCUUUAGUGUUAAGACCAAUAGAUGUUUUAUUGUUUGCCAAGAAAAUUAUGUGUCUAUGGUUAUUUUUGUAAUUUGUGUGUAAUUUGGUAUUUGUGUUUUUUGUGGGGGUUUUUCUUGUUGAAUAAAUAAAUAUUAAAAAAAUAAAAAAAAUAAACCAAGCUAAGAGAUAAGGAGGCAUUCAUUCAUUCACAGCUGUAAUCCAUGUGUUCCACCUUUACUUUCUCUGCAGCUGUUAGCCAUGUUGCUCAUCCAGUAUGAGAGGCUUCAUGGAGUUCAGUCCUCAGGAGUUCUCAUCAUCUUCUGGUUCUUGUGUGUGCUGUGUGCUGUGAGCCCUUUACGGUCCAAGAUAAUUGGUACUGCAGCUCAGGUAAAUGGGAUAUGUCUAUGUUAUUCAGAAUGUAUACAUUUAUGACAUGUUUUCCCAAAAUUAGUAUUUAGGGAGGGAGAUGGCUUGACAUUCCUUGGGGAGAGGUAGAUCUAAUGGGAGUUAAGGGUGGAGCAGCUUGUGUUACUUUCUGCUGCCUGCCUCUUCCAUAAAACCAAGACUGGGACAUUCACAGGGUACUAAAUACAAAUAAAGGCAAGCUAAUGGACUGUGAAUGUGAGUGGAGGCUAUGGGGAUACUGCACUGCAGAGAGGAGUGUUUCCUCUUCUCAGAGAAAAGGAAGGAAAGUCAAGCUCCUCUGUAAAGGCAGGAAGAUAGGGAGGUCUCACGUCUUAUGUGUCUUUGAAAGGAGAUACUGGAAUGAAAAUCGGUGUGUUCAGAUUUUAUUUCUGUGUUUAUUUCUUUAGUGACCUAUAUCCCACUUUUCCUUACAAAGUGAACUCAAAGCAGCUCACUUAAUGAAAAACAAUGCAAUGCAUUAAAUAAAUACAGUAUCAUCACCGCCACCAAAAUCAAACACCACAAACAAAACAUCAUCAAUCAUUUGAGGUAACGAAGCUAGAGCAACAAAAUCUAGGGAAGCUAAUCUUCUAAAAGCCUUCUGAAACAGCCGUGUUUUGGCCAACUGCCUGAAAUAAUAAAGUAUCAAAGCCUGGCAAACCUCCUUAAGGAAAGCAUUCCAUAAAGUGGGUUUAACUGCUAAAAUGGGCAUGGUCUUAGUGGCCGUCUGCCAUAUCUCAUUCAGCAGUGCCACUUGGAACAAGGCCUCAGACUUUGAAUGAAGCAUGCAGGAUGGAGCAUAAUGGGAGAAGGCAGUACUUAAGGAAUCCAAGUCCCAAGCCAUUUAGGUCUUUAACGAUCCAAAUCAGCACCUUGCAUUUUGUCCAGCAGUGAAUCAGAAAAUAGUUCAAAUCCAACAAGAUGGGAGUCAUAUAUCUAGAAUGUCUAUGACAACCUUCACCACUCUACUGUCCUUCAAGUGUUUGGACUACAGCAUCUGUCAACCCCCUGCCCCUCUCUGGCUGGGGCUGAUGGGAGUUGUAGUCUUAAGGGUGCCUGCAGACAUAGCAGAAUAUUACAUUAGUUUUCCUGAUUUUAAUGUUGGUACUCCUGUCCCAUUUUCUAUUGUUCCUUUCACCUAUUGUGUUAGGGAACUGUGACUUUUUGACCAAUAUACUGGCAUGUCGUGUUAAAUUUCAUUCACACCAGUGGCCAUGGUGUGACACCACGAAUGUCAUUGGACAAUGUUGCUGCGUCCCCACCUUUUCCAAACGUCAAACAAUCAACUGGUUGAUGGGUGCUUGAGAAAAAUUGGGCAAGGGGCUUUGCAAACCCCACGCUUGGCACCUGGGAAGCACUUGACAUCAGGUGCAGGGCAGGUGACCAUGGCUUGGAUGAAAUGGCCUUGCAGGCCAAGUGGGGAGGCCUUGAGGCUCAGAUUUCUAGCCCAGAAGGCAGGAUCUUCCAGACUUCUUCACAAAAGAAGAGGGUGGGGAUUGCAGUUGAUUCCAGUGGGAAACAGCUAAGGCACCAGAGCAAGAUUUAUUAUCACACAGGAUCCUAAAUAGUUUUAUUAGGCUUUGCACUUAAUAGCCACCUCCACCUGAAAUAUUAAAUAUUUGUUUUUAAUAAUAAUUUUUUAUUACUCGAAUGGUCUUUUUCCUCAUCAGUGUCCUAGGGAGACAGCGUCAGUGUUUCACCCCAUGAGUUGAUUAAAUAAUUUGUUUUUUCCCCUCAAGGGGAGCAUAUACAUACAGCACUAUAUUUGUCUGUUGUUUUACCCAAGUUCUCCUUUGACCUCAUUAACUUUCCCCCUCUCAUUAACCAUUUAACCUUUCCCUGCGCCUUUAGUGUAGAACACUUUCCUUGUGUAUUGACUCAAAAUCUUGUAUCUCUCCCUAGAACCCGAUGGAAGACAGAUUUCGGAUUAUCACAUUUUAUCUAUACUUGGCACUGAUCCUUGUAGAGUUGGUUCUUUCGUGUCUUAAAGAAAAGCCUCCAUUUUUCUCUCCGGUUAACUUAGACCCUGUAAGUAAGUCCUUCUUACAUUGACUGCCUUCUAUAGUUUCUCAUGAGCAACCAAGCUAAUUUAAGAAUGCGUGUCCACAUCCUCUGAUUUUCCUGGAAGGUGUCUUGGAACAAACCACAACAUCUCACCUUAAGUGUCUCUGAUUAGGGUUCUGCCUCUGGACUAUAUGUUUAAGGAAAGUAUUUACCUUAGACAUCAACAACUGUAGGCUUCAUGUACCAAAUCCAGCCCCAUGACGACCUGCUCCCUAUACACAACCCAAAGCAGGCAUGGUGUGAGUUUGGACUCACUGCUAGCCUGCUUUGAAGAAGUCAUGUGUGAGAGGGCUGUACUUAAUGAGGUGCUAAUUUAUGUGUGAUGUUCUUUGCUAAAAGGACAUUGUGGAGGGAGAGGGCAGAAAUUGGGACAGCAGCCUGGUGAAGUAGUUGAUUUUUGGUGGUGGUGGUGGGAUUUUGGGAUGUUUGUCUCUUUGUGUGACAAUUAGUAGCUGGCUGUGUGUGAAAGAAUGGCCCAAUCAUACCUUAUUUUCAUAUGGCCUGGAAGCUGACUGUGGAUUCUACAGUAAGAGAAAAAGCUUUUCUUUCCAUUCUGCCACAACCUGGUCUUAAUAAAGUCUGCUGGCAGCAGGACAGAGAGGCUUUCUAUUGUCUUGCCUUGUGUCUUCUCCCCCCCGCCCCCCGGCCUGGCUGCUCCAUCAGCAAGGAUCCCCUGUGUUUGCUAUCUGGUAAUAGCUAAAACACACAUCCACUCCUUGCUUUUAUGUCUGCUAUUAGCAGGAUUUGUUGAGAUCAGAUUGUGAAAUCCAGCCAUAGCCCUUCAAACACCACUCAGAGCUGGGGGAAGGUGGUGGGGAGCAGGAAAUUGGCAGGAGUUCCAGCACAUCCUUAAUAUAUACAUCCCAGGAUAUAUCCCCAAAUGAUUUUGAAUGCAUAGUAGUCUUUGGCUACAAAAGCUUUGGCUAAAAUAUUGGAUUUUUAAAAAACAACAAAUUCAUGUCUUCAACUUUUUAUUGUAGAAUCCCUGUCCAGAGUUAAAUUCUGGUUUCCUUUCGAAGAUCACAUUUUGGUGGUUUACAAGGUAAGCAUUACUGAGCUCUCGUAGAUAACCUCUAUUUUGCUGAAAGCAAUAUCGAAGUGGCACCCGUACAAGAGAUUCCCCUCGUGCUCUUGGUUGCCUAGCUACAUUCCUAUACAAUACAGCAUUCAUUCAUGCUCUUCCCUCUACCCCACACCCAGAUGUUUUGUGCUUAUUAGAGUAGAGGUUAACAAAAGUACUCAAAAAAUUCCUGAGCUUUAGAAGUAUAUUUACUUCUAAAUAUAUUUCCUUUGCACAAUGGGCUGGUUGGUGGAUCUCAGGAUUCUGGCAGAAAACGAAGUACUGUAGUUGCAGCAAGCCUCAAGUCUGCCCAUCCCUGGUGUAGAUCACCUUUCAGAACUGAGGUGCAGGAAGUGUGAGACAGCAGCUAAGUUCACAGAUGGGAAACUGGAGUGCUGUGUGCUUAAUUCCAGGUUUGGAAAUGCUAGCUAACACUGUGAACAACUUGCACAGUGAUGUUUGAAUUGGCAAUUAAGGUUCAGGUUUCAUUUCCUGUUGGAAUCGUAUUUUAUAGGGUGUUUUUUAUUAUUCUUACUGUGCAGCAGGAAAAGAAACUUGAGUCUCGUGUGUAACGUGAUGAAACAAAUCUUUGUCAAACAUCAGCUCUCCAAAAAAUGUCUUUUUUUAAAAGGGGAUUGGAAAUUGCAUUUCCCCCCUCUCCAAAGAAGAGGGAGAUUAGUUUAAUAAGCCAUACUUUGUGCAAGAUUGAGGAGGGUUAUUUUGCCAAAAUCUAAGCUUUUAUCUUCAAGGUUCUCUUUGCAAUUAGAAGACAUCAAUAGUUGUUAAAAAAAACAGGGCUGAGAAUAGAGUUCUGAGAGGCAAUUUGCACAUUUUCAUUCAUAAGUCUAUUCCAUCUGAUUUCCACAUUAAUCUGUGAUUUAAAAAAGGAAAAAAAACUGUACAAAAAUUGUAUUUGAAUACAGGUGACUCUCAACUUAUGUGGGGGUUACGUUCCGGGGAUAGCAUUUAAAGGCAAAAGUGUAUCAUCAAAACACAUUGGGUGCAAUGGUGGAUGGGAUGGCGAAAGACUUUCACCCCAGAAACCCACCCAUUUUCUGUCCCUUUAAAAAAAAAAGAAGUCAAGCGUGUUUACUGUAUGGGCUGAGUAAUAAAGUCUGGGCUACGAAAGAAAGAAACAAAAACGAAAGUUAUUACCAUAGUAAAGUAAAGUAUAUUGCUGUCAUUGGUUUGUCAAGUGUAGUUCCAGAUUUGUCAGGCCUGUGAUGAUGGCUGCUUUUUAAAGCCAAAAACCAUAUCACAGAAUUUUAGAUAUGUGCAAAAUCUUAAUGAUAAUUACUUUCCAGUCUGCAUAUUAAUUCAGGAGAUGCAUAUUAGGUUGGCUCACUUUUAAAAAGGCAGACCAAAUUGAAUUCUCCCUAGUUCUGAACCUAGCAGCCUAUUCAUUGUGCCACAUCGUCCCGUAGAGAUUCCCACUUAGAAACUGAAUAAAAGACUUUCCACCUAGCAACAGGAGGCUCAGCUGCCUCCUUUGCUGCAAAUGGCAAAUGCAUGGAUGAAAAACUAAGGCCUCAAGGAAAAUAGUUAAUAUCUGGAGACUUCCAAGCGUUAGCAAUUCUGUUUGCCGAGGUUGGAUAGUUGUUUGAUGUCAACUUAAAAUGCCACUUUCCUACCAAGAUUUAAAUCAUUUUGUCCUAGUUUUUCCACUUAAAGAGAGAUGGGUGAACUUGUAGCAUUUGUAGUCAGUUCCCAAAUUCAGUUGAGUUUCUGCAGGAGGACAAGAGGUCAACAGAGAGCUAUUUAACAUCCCUGACAGCAGCAGUUACAUUGACGUCAGUAGUGAUCUUGUUGCCAUGUGGGAAAAGCAGGAGCAGGGAGCCAGAAAAAAAAAUGCAUUUAAGGUUGGCUACGGUCAAGGUUCAACCACUAAACUCCUUUAUGUUUGUGGAUAUCAUCACUGUAAUAAAUGAAAGUAUGUGAACAGAGUUGUAUGUGAACAGAACCUCUUGUUUGCCAAUACUUUGGUAAUGUAUUAUGCCAAAGAUUGGACAGGAUUUUGAGGGUGCCCAAGGUGAUGGCAAAGCACAGCAGACAUUUAUGGUGGGAUAAUACUGGAGGCAUCAAGGAAGUGCUAAAAAGUGUGAUGGAGUUGAAGUUCUGGUACCAGACAUACAAUAUUUGCAUGGUGAAACUGCUUUGAAAAUGUGCUAACCUCAUCUUGUGCACUUACCAUCUUUACUCCCAGAUUGAACUCAGGGAAAACCUUGUGUUUUGGUUUGAAUCAGAAAACCAAAGCACAGCACUGACUGGCUAGUGUUUGUGUCAAUCAUGAAGCAAAAUCCCUCCUUUUGGUGCUGAUUAGUUAUGCCUUGUGACAGCCACAAUGCCACCUCCUCUGCUUCUCAGAGCACUUUUAAAGGGUGUUGAGCAAAAAUACAAGCAAGGUGUUGGUGUGGAUGGGGGUGGGCAGAGACAGAAAAACAAAGUAGACUGCCUGCUUGAAGGAUUGUGGAGGAGGGCAGGACGCUAGUGCAUCCAGAGGCUAUAUGUGUGUCAUUACUGAGGUGAACAUUGGAGAGUGGAUGGGAAGCAGAGCUCACCCCUUACUAGAAAAACUUGGUCUUACUCAUCUUUGAUCACUCCUUUGUACUUGACUUGCAGUCAGACCAAAAAUUCAUUUUAUGUUAAACACAUGGCCAUUGCUGCAAACAGCAAAUAUGUAUUUAUUUCCCACCUCCCUACCUGUUACUUCCAGAACAAUUUACCUAUAUCCACAACAUUGCACAUGUCCCCUGUCCCCACCCCACUGAUAGCAGCAUGUGAUAUGGAGCAGGGAAAUGUACAACAGCUUCUGCCAUCCAGUAGCUGGGUAAGUUGUCCUGGAUGCCUAGUGUAGAAGAAGGAGGAAUUAAAUGUGUGUGUACUCACAUGCACUGUCUGUAGAGGUCUUUGCACAUUACGUGUAACACUGCAGUACUCUCUUGAGAAAGUUUGAAUUGUGUGUCCAAACUGAUUACCAACGUCCUUUUUUGUUUUUUUAACAAUACAGUAUGGCAAUCCAGGGAUAUAAGAAGCCUCUUGAAGAUAAAGAUUUAUGGUCUCUGAAUGCGGAUGAUAAAUCUGAACUGAUAGUACAGAAGCUGCAGAAAGAGUGGGAUAAACAAAAUCAAGAAGUGCAACAGUAAGUCACUCUUAGGCUCCCUUUUGUGCAUAAACUCUUGCUUUUUAACUGUGCUUUAGAAAAUCACCAAAAUUGUGUGCCAUCGUAAUGUGUCCAAAAAAUAUAUAUAUAUAUUGCAGCCUACAUAAAUGAUAACUGUGUAAAACGCAUAAUUAAGCUAAUGUGCAUAUGUUAAGCUAAUGUGCAUGUGUUUGCUUGUUUUGCAUAAUUUGUUAGGCUUUUGCUAAUCAAAGGAUGAGGCAAGGAUCCUCAAGGCACUGGAACUGUAUCUCAGAACAACCAGUAAUCAACCCCCAUUCUAGUGUCACAUUUUACUUGCAUUUUCUAUCACACUUUCAAGAUUAUCUUAAUAAUAAUAAAAACUAUAAUUUUUCUGUGGGGGAGGGGUGAGAAAAAAAGCGUGUCCAGGCCCCCAGGACCUUGUGUGGGAGCUGGAGUUGAGCAAAUGAGCUGGACCGUAGGGAGCUGUUGACCCAGCAAGAGAUUAGAGGAGAACUGGAAGGGAUGAUGAUGAUGAUGAUGAUGAUGAAGACGACAACAACAACUUUUAUUUAUAUCCUGCCCUCGCUGGCCGAAGUCGGGCUCAGGGCGGCUAACAUCAGAUAUAUACAGUAACAGUAUAAAAUCAAACAAUAAUUAAAUUACCUCCUAAAAACAGGUCAGUAUCCUUGUUGCCAGCUUCCUCCCUCUUCCUCUUCCUCUUCCUCUGCUGGUUGAUUGUUUACAGUGGGAUCUCCCUUUUCUGGAGUGGACCCUUGUUCAUUCCUGUGCCAGCUCCAGAUUUCCCAUUGGAUCUGCUGCUGCUUUUGCUCUUAAGACCCAGGUAGUGACGGUGGAGAACUGGGGAUGAAGAUGCGGCUUGGGAUGCGGUCGGAGCGGUUAUCAGGCUGCCUUGGGACUAAUGUGGGUUCUUCCAGCUCCUCAGUUGUGCUGCUGUUCCCCACAAGGUGUUCCAUGUCUCUUUCUCAAAAGACAUAUCUCACUGGCUCUGGGUUGUGUGGGAUCCCUUUGGAAAGCUGAGAUUCUCAGAACAAACCCAUACUUGCAUGGAAUGGUUGUGGAAUACCCACCACCAUGUUCAUGUGGCUUUUUGGAGAGGGUUAGGGUUUGCGUUAAGAUUAUCCAUCUAAUGCAUUAAAAAGAGAAUUAAAUUACUGAAGCUAAAUGCAUAAGAACUGGACAUACAUACAGGUGAAACUCAGAAAAUUAGAAUAUUGUGGAAAAGUUCAUUUAUUUCAGUAAUGCAACUUAAAAGGUGAAACUAAUAUAUGAGAUAGACUCAUGACAUGCAAAGCGAGAUAUGUCAAGCCUUUAUUUGUUAUAAUUGUGAUGUUUAUGGCGUACAGCUGAUGAAAACCCCAAAUUAACAAUCUCAGAAAAUUAGAAUAUUAAAUGAAAUCAGCAAAACAAGGACUGCAAAUAGAGCAAUAUUGGACCUCUGAGAAGUAGAAGCAUGCACAUGUACUCAGUACUUGGUUUGGGCCCCUUUUGCAUCAAUUACUGCCUCAAUGCGGUGUGGCAUGGAUGCUAUCAGCUUAUGGCACUGCUGAGGUGUUAUGGAAGACCAGGAAGCUUCAAUAGCAGCCUUCAGCUCUUCUACAUUGCCCGGUCUCAUGUCUCUCAUCUUUCUCUUGGCAAUACCCCAUAGAUUCUCUAUGGGGUUCAGGUCAGGCAAGUUUGCUGGCCAAUCAAGCACAGUAAUCCCAUGGGCAUUGAACCAGGUUUUGAUACUUUUGGCAGUGUAGGCAGGUGACAAAGUCCUAUUGGAAAAUGAAAUCAGCAUCCCCAUAAGCAGAAGGAAGGAAGCAUGAAGUGCUCCAAAAUCUCUUGGUAGACGGCUACAUUGACCCUGGACUUAAUGAAGCACAGUGGACCAACACCAGCUGAUGACAUGGCUCCCCCAAUCUCUUUUCUGAUGAGAGCAGCUUUUGCAUCUCACUUGGAAACGAAGGACCCAGAGUCUGGAGGAAGAAUGGGGAGGCACACAAUGCCAGAUGCUUGAAGUCCAAUGUGAAGUUUCCACAGUCUGUGUUGAUUUGGGGAGCCAUGUCAUCAGCUGGUGUUGGUCCACUGUGCUUCAUUAAGUCCAGGGUCAACGCAGCCAUCUACCAAGAGAUUUUGGAGCACUUCAUGCUUCCUUCCACAGACGAGCUUUAUGGGCAUGCUGAUUUCAUUUUCCAGCAGGACUUUGUCACCUGCCCACAGUGCCAAAAGUACCAAAACCUGGUUCAAUGCCCAUGGGAUUACUGUGCUUGAUUGGCCAGCAAACUUGCCUGACCUGAACCCCAUAGAGAAUCUAUGGGGUAUUGCCAAGAGAAAGAUGAGAGACAUGAGACCGGGCAAUGUAGAAGAGCUGAAGGCUGCUAUUGAAGCUUCCUGGUCUUCCAUAACACCUCAGCAGUGCCACAAGCUGAUAGCAUCCAUGCCAUGCCGCAUUGAGGCAGUAAUUGAUGCAAAGGGGCCCAAACCAAGUACUGAGUACAUGUGCAUGCUUCUACUUCUCAGAGGUCCAAUAUUGCUCUAUUUGCAGUCCUUGUUUUGCUGAUUUCAUUUAAUAUUCUAAUUUUCUGAGAUUGUUAAUUUGGGGUUUUCAUCAGCUGUAUGCCAUAAACAUCACAAUUGUAACAAAUAAAGGCUUGACAUAUCUCGCUUUGCAUGUCAUGAGUCUAUCUCAUAUAUUAGUUUCACCUUUUAAGUUGCAUUACUGAAAUAAAUGAACUUUUCCACAAUAUUCUAAUUUUUCGAGUUUCACUUGUAUAAUAAAGAGCAAUGCAAAAGAGAGAGAGAGAGAGCAGGAAUUGUCAGUGUACACAUCAUUUUCCAUCAGAAAGUUUCAAUGAUCUGGUCUGCUCAUAGGAGCCAAAAAAGUUAUUUUAGUGUAGCCUUCCAUUGAACCAAGAAGAAACAGAUGGUACAGACUGAAGCAUGUUAGCUGAGCAUCUCUCAGUGACACCUAAUUCCAUACUAACCAUCUGGCACACUGCAAAGGAGUUCUGUAUCCUCAUUUACAUGUGUGUAUGCCUUGUCAUAUGUGUAUGCCUCAUGUGUAUGUGCAUGCCUCAUGUCAUAUGUGUAUGCCUCAUUUACAUGUGUGUAUGCCUUGUCAUAUGGGACGCAGGUGGCGCUGUGGGUAAAACCUCAGUGCCCAGGACUUGCCGAUCGUAUGGUCGGCGGUUCGAAUCCCCGCGGCGGGGUGAGCUCCCGUCGUUCGGUCCCAGCUCCUGCCCACCUAGCAAUUCGAAAGCACGUCAAAGUGCAAGUAGAUAAAUAGGUACCGCUUUAUAGCAGGAAGGUAAAUGGCGUUUCCGUGUGCUGCGCUGGUGCUGGCUCGCCAGAGCAGCUUUGUCAUGCUGGCCACGUGACCCGGAAGUGUCUCCGGAGAGCGCUGGCUCCCGGCAUCUUAAGUGAGAUGAGCGCACAACCCUAGAGUCGGACACGACUGGCCCGUACGGGCAGGGGUACCUUUACCUUUAUGCCUUGUCAUGCUUCCGUAUCAUUCUUUGGAUUUCAAUUGAAAUUGUAACUCUUGCCCUCUCUGAUUCAGCCUCUAUAUUUUGGAAAGUUGUUUGUUCACUGUGAAUUGGACACCUCUUAAGAUAUCAUAACUUAUUUUUGCAUGUGGAUCCUGAGAUCAAGGUGCAGCUUUUUGUCUGUUUUUGGAUACAAUGAAGAUGGAUGACUGAACCUUUCAAAACUGCACUGUUUUUAACCAUUGAUUUCAAAACUGUGCUGAUUUUGUUUCUUAGAAAUUCUGAGCCAUGCCUGGUAUGAGGCUGCUAGUGUUAAAAUGCAGAAAGCUACUUUCUGUUUUAAAUCUAAACUAGGUCACAUACUACAAACACUUCUUAGCAGAGUGAUGAUGACUUAUCUGUUAUGGUUACAGACCAAUAAAAGGGGAUGCAAACAGGAUAACUAUAAUAAAAAUACUGAUAUUCACAGAGGGGCCAAAAGGGAGUUCCUGCUUUACCAUCUGGCUCUUAAUUUAUAUUUUAGAUAGGAAGAAUUUAGCUACAUUUUCAGUAAUGUAAGAAGAGGAAUCAUUUAAACAAGAGAUAGCCUUAUUUCAGUGGGUCUUCCGGGUAAAGGUACAAUGAGCUUCUUUCUGGGCUUAUUAUACAAAUUGUCAUAUAUAGAUUAAAAUGACCCACAAGUUUUGUCUCUCUGAUCCCACAGGGACAAAUACCUUCAUUAUGUGAAAUGUUCUUAAACUUGCCUGUAUGCAAAGCAGAAGGCAGAACAUUAAUAAAAUAAGAACACUGAGGAUAAAUGCUCUCUAUAUCUGUAAAUAGCAGAGUGUCUGAGGUUUUAUCUUAUCCGGAGAGAUAACUGGUACGCUGAAUCACUCAGCUGUGUAUGGCUCAUGAGCCAUCACAUGCAUACCUGAUAAGACACACAGUACAGUUCCUUCCACCUCAGAAUGCAUGUUGUGUACAUAGUGGAUCAUUUGUUUGAAAUCACCCCUAUACCAGCUCUCUCUUUAUGUGAGCAUACCAGGGGGAGAGAGAGAAGAUCAGGUCGCUGUUGAUGUUUUGUCGUGAGUUAAGCUAAGUUAAGGAUCAGUUUCCCCAAUCACAUGAAGGGGUUCAGUUUGCAUUCAAGUAAACAGGAACAGAAGUCCCUGUGGGCCUUUCCCUAUUCAACAGGAGGAAGGGCAGGGACUGAGAGGUGUGUGGUGUGGGACUGGCGCAUGCACCCCCUUCCCCACGCUUUGAACUUUCAUGUGUUUGGGCAAAUACCUGACUUCCAUUAAUUUGUGCCCUUGUCUUGAAAUGUCACUGGAAUAGCGGUUUGGUUGGGCGCAAAAUCGGUGAAAGGAUAGUCAAAACUGUUAUAAAGUUAUAGGCUGUUAGACAUAAAAUAAUUGAGGUAAAAAUACUGGAAGAUGCAUGGCAAAACCAUAGCUGUAGUGGUAACAGGGCUUUUUGAUUCAUAAAAUACUAAACAAAAUAAUUUAGUAGGUUUUAUCCAACCUCAAAUGAGACCUAUUGAAAUCAAUGGACCUAAAUUACUUGUGUGACUUGAUUUCAAUUGGUCUCUUCUGAGUAAAGCUAUCACCCAUUAGUUUUAUUUCUUGAAAGACCAUAAAACCAAAAAAAUGUUGAUGUUUGAAAUGUGGCUGCUUUCCAAAGCAAGUAUGUCAUCAUCAUCACCAUCACCACCACCACCACCAUCAUCACCAUCAUUUUGCUGAACAGGAAAGGGAAAUUAUCAGAUGCCGAAGGCUGUAUUUGCCUCAGCCGAAGGCUGUAUUUGCCUCAGCCAAAGCUUUAGACUACAGCUUUUUAUUUAAGUAAACUAAACUAAUUUAAUCUUAAUCAUUCCUCCAUGAACUGGCCAGUCUUCACUCAAAUCAAUUGAUCUGAUAGGUUGAUGUGGAAGUUUCUGCCCCUGAAUACACCAAGCAGAGGGACUGCAGUAGUAAUAUCUCAUACGACUUAAUUUGUGAAUCAGGUUCCAAAUGUGCUGCCUUAUGUCACUAUAAUUUAAAUAUGCAGCUUUAACGUAGUUAUUAAAUAAAGUACUGAUUUUAACACAGACAGUACUUCAAACUGAGGUCCCCUUUUUUCAUGGGGGAAACUGCUCCCUGCUCUUGGCUACUAAAAUGUGGGGCCCAUAUCCUACACACAUAGCAGUUCUCACAGAAGCAAGGCCACAUUUGAGGCCCAAAGGCUGCUAUUAUUUAAGAGAUUCAACAUUCCUAACAAACCCUCCACUUUUUCAGCUGACUUUAACAAUGUCUUUUUGUUCCCCUAGGAAAAAAGAUAUAUCCUAUACAAAAAGCUCGAACCAAAUAGAGAACCAUGUUGGUGAUGGCCUUGAGGAAACAGAAAUCCUGAUAAGUAGUAACGCAAAGCAGAAAGAACCCUCUUUUCUCAAAGCCUUAAUCAGGACCUUUGGCCCAUACUUCUUAAUUGGCUCCUUCUUUAAAUUAAUUCAAGAUCUGUUGUCUUUCGUCAACCCCAAGUUGCUAGGGUGAGUUCUGCACUCUCAUUCAAGUUCAUUUCACAUGAUCCAUUAGCACAGUGUUUCCAAAACGUAAGUCUCCAGCUGUUUUUUUGAACUACGACUCCCAUCAUCCCUAGCUAGCAGAACCAGUGGUCAGGGAUGAUGGAAAUGGUAGUCCAAAAAUAGCUGGAAACCCUAUUUCGGGAAACCUUGCAUUAGUGAAUAGCUAGUGAAAAGGGACGCGGGUGGCGCUGUGGGUAAAACCUCAGCGCCUAGGGCUUGUCGAUCGCAUUGUCGGCGGUUUGAAUCCCCGCGGCGGGGUGAGCUCCCGUCUUUCGGUCCCAGCUCCUGCCCACCUAGCAGUUCGAAAGCACCCUUAGGUGCAAGUAGAUAAAUAGGUACCGCUUUAUAGCGGGAAGGUAAACGGCGUUUCCGUGUGCUGCGCUGGUACCGGCUCGCCAGAGCAGCUUCGUCACGCUGGCCAUGUGACCCGGAAGUGUCUCCGGACAGCGCUGGCCCCCGGCCUCUUAAGUGAGAUGGGCGCACAACCCUAGAGUCGGACACGACUGGCCCGCAAGGGCAGGGGUACCUUUACCUUUACCUUUUAGUGAAAAGGUAAUAGUUUUAAGGCGCCACUUGCUUUCUGCAAGCUUUUGGGGUUUUUGCAUUUACUGCACUCCAUUCCCUGCAUGUCGCAGGACACCUAUUUUAUCCUGUGCUGAGUCCUUGCCUAUCUGCAUAGCAGAUGCGGGGAAUCGCAGGGGAGAAUGGCAGUCUGAUAGGGAAAGGCUGUCAAUGAGGAAAUACAUAAUGGGUUUUCAUGUGUUUACUAGUUUUGCAUAAGAACACUGAGUGGGAAACAAGGGAGGCUUUCAUUUAGACAUAUCGCUAACAUGACUAAAUGGAGGAGGUAUCUCCUCCAUGCACCAUAUUUCUUUCCAGUUCACACUUGCGUGUCUACAUGGGAAAGAAUCCCAUUUUGAACUGCAACACACAAAAGUUCAUCUAUGUGUGUUGAUUGGCAGAUGCAAAGAUUACAUGUGUGCAUGCUUUCCAGUCAGGGACAGCACAAGACAUUGUGCUGCCUGAGGCAGGAUCUGCAUCUGUCUUUUUGAUAGGGAAGGGCUGUAGCUCAGUGAAAUAUGCUUUGCAUGUAGACGGUCCCAGGUUUAAUCCUCGGCAUCUCCAGGUAGUGGCUGUGCAGAAGAAGAGGGCAGGGGAUGAUGCUAGAAAACAGUAUAGAAGACAGGAAAGUGGCCAGACUAUCUUUGUGGCAGACUAGCAGAGAGCUUUGUGAGGAGGCACAAAUUUCCUAUCACCACCCGAGGCAGUUGCUUCAUUUUGCCUCAUGAUAGAGCUGGCCCAUUUUACCGUGCCUUGCACGUACUAUGUAGCUGUAACUUGCUUCAGCUUUUCAGCCCCUCUACACACUAGGCUGGGAUGCGGGUGGCGCUGUGGGUUAAACCACAGAGCCUAGGACUUGCCGAUCAGAAGGUCGGUGGUUCGACAGGGUGAGCUCCCAUUGCUCGGUCCCUGCUCCUGCCAACCUAGCAGUUCGAAAGCAUGUCAAAGUGCAAGUAGAUAAAUAGGUACUGCUCUGGCGGGAAGGUAAACGGCGUUUCCGUGCGCUGCUCUGGUUCUCCAGAAGCGACUUAGUCAUGCUGGCCACAUGACCCGGAAGCUGUACGCCGGCUCCCUUGGCCAAUAAAGCGAGAUGAGCGCCGCAACCCCAGAGUCAGCCAUGACUGGACCUAAUGGUCAGGGGUCCCUUUACCUUUACACACUAUGCUGGCACAGUGAAAUCCAGGUGUGCCAUUUGACCAACACACAACACCAAUCAAUGUACAGAUGUCUGCCCGCCCCUCCCCUACUUUCCACAAUAUUUUUUAUUUUAGAUUUUUUAAAUUGGAUUGCUGUAGAAAAAUGAAGUGGAUAAAACAAUUAAGAAGAUGUUUGAGGUUGUCUUAUGCCUUCUAGGCAUGUGCCCAAAAGAAUGGUUUGAAUUAUUGGUGCUUCUACUUUGCUGUGGGUAAGAAUCAAUAGUGUGUUGUGCUUUGCCCCACUAAUCUCAUUGUUUCUUCCCCUUGUUGUCUAUUUGUUUCGUCUCCUUCUUAAACAGUCUGUUAAUUGGCUUCAUUAAGAAUAAAAGCGCUCCCUUAUGGUGGGGAUAUCUGACUGCAGCUUUGAUGUUUUCCUCUGCCGUGCUUCAGACGAUAAUCCUUCACCAGCAUUUCCAGUACUGCUUUGUUACUGGGAUGAGACUGAGAACGGGCAUCAUCGGGAUGAUCUACAGAAAGGUAGAAGCAGGCUAAUGUUUUUGCAAGCACAGGCAGUGAAUAUGAACAAGAGAUUUUGCUUGAGGGUGCAGAAAGAAAGCACCGUAUUUUCUUAAUGUUGUAAAAAGGACGAGCCAAUAGGACUUGGCAAUGCACUGAAUAUGAGGAGUGAAAGAGAGGGAGGAUUCAAAUGCACAAGCCCUGGACUGUGUACUGCAUGCAGUGUCAGGAAAAGACUUACAUCAACUAUCUCUAAUCCUGCACAUACACAUUCCAUGUUUCUUCUCAGUGUUCUGUCAUUUGCAGUUUAUUCAUAAAUGCUUCUGUUGCCACUUGCAACAUUAAAUCUUAAAGAAUUAAGGAUUUUUAAUCUAGCUCUCAGCCCAGCUUUGACCACCCCCAGUCCAGAACUGUCCUUUUAUCUGCAUUUCCAUAAUUCUGGCAUCAUUACUUAAUCCUGCCCUUUUUCUUAGUUGGCUCUCAUCAACCAGUGCUUGGGUGGCUGACAUCUCAAGAACAAUCCUGCAACUAUUCAACUAUCCCCCCCCCGCCCCCCCACUUGACAUCUCCUUCAAAGACUUGGGCUCCCUUCACACGCACACAUUCAGCCAUGUGGAAGCAAGCUCAGAUGUGGCUGCAGUCUUUGCAUGUGAGAUUACCAGAGGCAUGCGGGUGAGGUUUAAUGUGUGGGUCUUUCCCACCCAUUAAUUGUUUUCCUUCCAGCAUAGUGCCAGCUGGAUGGAAAAGAUCCACACGGAUAUGUAGGAUUUUGUAUAAAUUGGUGUGCUUGUGAAGGACUCCCUAAUAUUAUGUUAGCAAGUAGAAUGAAUAUAAACCCAUUUUCUUUUGGUGUUUGUAACUGGAUAAUUAGGACCAUCCUAACCAUGUUCGCCACAGUUUUGUUAUUUUUGAAUGUAACCCAAAUUGCCCUUGGUAUUGCCCAACACAGGCCUGCUUUUGUGCAGGAAAACACAUUUUGCUACCUGCUCAACACCAGAUACACCAUGCUGAGUUUUUAUGGUACUAGCCUGAUAGAUGUGCCAUACUGUCUUGCUUUUUUUAUUAAUCAGAUUUGCUUAAAAGCGAUUGUGUAAAAGCUAAACGAAUUUGUGGCAGCUGAAAAUCAUUCUUGAAAGAAUAGUUCUUCAACUGGUAACACUAACCAUUGCACACAUGUAAAAAGUGGAUUUGAUGCUUGGUGUAUGACAUACUGUGCACAUUUAGCUCUAUUUGUGCAUCAUGUGUUUGCAUUCUUGGUACCCCAGCUACAGCUGCUUGUGAAAUCCUCACAAAUACUUCUCCUCCAUACCAAACUAUUUUAAUUAUUCCUCUGUUUUGCAAGUUCCCCAAGUCAUUUGUAUAAACAGGAUAUAUAAAAAAACAAGACUGUAUUUCAGUUUGCUUAUAUUUGCAUACUCAAAUGAGUGUAGUAGUGGUUGGAACAAUUUUAUAUCUUUAGUUAUUAACGAGUGGCUAAUAUAACAAUACAAUGCAUAAUGGAAGCCCAGCCCAGCCCACCCUCUGUGAGUACCAAGUUUUGACAUAUCUUUGUUUUGUGGAAAAAUCUUACAUGUGGAAAAUCUUACAUGAUGAGCCACUACGCAGAACAGCUGCCAGAGGGAGGGUCUUAGACUGGCAGACCCAAGCUCACUUACAAGGAAGUAAGACCCAUUGGACACAGUAAAGUCUUACUUGCUAGUGAACAUUCAUAAGAUAGUGUUGUUAAAGUAGCUUCUAUAUAAUGGUGGUCGUAACAUGAACUGAUCCUUAAUAUACAUUUCCUGAAGAGCUUUCUUUCAAUUCAAAACUCUUAAUAUGGAAGGUUUGCAUGUGGCAAUCUUUUCCUAUUGUUUAUUCCUUUUGGACUAAAGUCUUUAGCAAGACACAGCUGAUUGCUAACCAGAUUAUUGCCUUAGAUCCAAAAACUGCUUUAUUACCUGUUUAUGAGGGAGAGGCACAGUAUCUUACCCAAAGAGACCUCGUGAGGGCUGCAAGACAUACUAUAGCGAAGUUUGGGAGGUCUUUAAAUACAAGAGCCAUGGCUUAUGGAACUCUGGGACUUGAUGCUCAUGGAAAAAGUAACUAACAAAUUGCAGGAACAAAGAAGUAAUAAGAAGUCAGGCAGCUUUAAUUCACCUGUAUGCUGCCAAAACGCAACAAGGAUACAGGCAUCCCAUGGGGAUCUUUGGAAAUACAGUUUUUGUUUGAUAAGAGGAAUAGUUUAUAUAGAACAUGUGCUUCUACUGCAUGGGAUACAGUACUCUUGGGAAGUGGCAGAGAGGAUGUUCUUUCUGUUCUGAAAAAUAAGAGUUUUAAAAAUAUGGAAGGUGGGAUUUCUGGUGGGAGCUUGGAAAUACACCAGGAACCAGUGAAGUUGCCACAAAGCUAGCGAGAUAUGUUCCCAACAGCCAGUCCAAGCUGUAAUCUGGGGUAACUGAAGUUUCUGAAUAGUCUUUGGAGGUAGCCCCAGGACUGAUGCAUUGCAGUAGUCCAGUCUGGAUGUUCCCAGAGCAUGGAUAGCUGUGGCCAGGCAAUCUGCCCAGCAUAGUAUUCAGAUAAAACACCAACUGAGGCAAAUGGAAGGUAUUUCAAGGCAUGGAAGCCUCCAAUGACAGACCAGGAUCUAUCAGCAUCUCUAAGCUGCAAACCUGAUUCUUGGGGUGGUGGAAGUACAGGAUCAAGAUGUUACAAGAUGAGGAAAUAUGCCUAAAUAAGGGAGUUUCUCUCAUUGUCUCUCCAGUCUUUAGUCAUCACCAACUCAGCAAAGCGCUCUUCCACUGUUGGAGAAAUUGUCAACCUGAUGUCAGUGGAUGCCCAAAGAUUGAUGGAUCUGACUACCUUCCUAAACAUGGUGUGGUCUGCGCCGCUCCAGAUAUGCCUAGCUUUAGCCUUUCUCUGGCAGGUACAGAGUCACUUAUGUUGUUCUCUCUGAUUUGGCACAAUGUGCAGCUAGUAAGCUUAAGGCUGACCCAGCUUGAAGGGGGAAAGGGAUUGUGGAAAGUCAUAUUGCAGGCAACCUGUUGCUCCCAGCAGAAUUCCAAGCCCUUGUCUUUAGAAUGUUCUGUCUGAACAGAUGAAUAACUGAGGAUGCAGAGCUCAGGUGAGCUGCAAUAUCCUUAGAUUUAAAGAGCCAUAGCAGGAGUAUAAUGGGAGAAGGAUCCUAGAGAUGAGUUUAGGGGAUGGUUUUUAUUUAUCUCAGUUUUUAUUUGCAAAGCUGCUGUAGAACAUUGCAGUCCUCAAUUCCCUCUUAGCUCAAUAAAAGAGAUCUCUAAUGAUAAACAUAAAAAAACAGCUUCUCAGGUUCAUUUUUUGUCUGCUUUUGUCUCUGUAUAAUGCUGUGCCUGACAUAAACUGGUGCAUUUGUGAAGCAGGUUAUGGCACCAUUUUUUACCAGCUAUGUAGAGUGCCAGUAUACAGCAUCCAAGGAGCCAUUUUUAGCAGUGCCUGUGCUGGUUAUAAAUAAAUACCCAAAGAUUUUGAAUUCACAGUCAAUUAGGUUUUACCCAGAGUAGACGUACUGAAAUUAGCAGAGCUAACUUAGCCGUGUUCAUUAAUUUCAAUGGGUCUGUUCUGAAUCAAACUUUGUUGAAUACCACCCUUUCUGUUCCCCUGUCCUCCAUUCCUUCCUUAGCUUCCAAGUACACAUAUGUGACUGCUUCGUGCAGAUAAAAAGAGAAGUACCAUAAGGAUUUUGCAGAGCUUCUCUAGGUUCUUGCACUUCAUGUUGAAAAUCUAUUUAGUCAACUUUAGCCAUGUAAACCUUUCUGUGCUUUAGUGGUUAGAGUGCUGGACAUAGCUUCCUGUGUGACACUGGACCAGUCAUCUUCUCUUAGCUUAAAUGACCUCAUGCAGCUCACGUGCAAGUAAAUUAAGAGGAGGAUCAUGUAUGGAACUUUGAGCUUCUAGGAGGGUAUAAAUACAAUAAAUUCCAGUUUUAAAAAAUAUUAAUUGGAAGAGAAUAAAAUAAUGACUGAUGUGUUUUGCAUCGUUUUGAAGGAAUUAGGGCCGUCUGUGCUGGCAGGAGUUGCUGUGAUGGUCUUACUCAUCCCAUUUAAUGCUGUAAUAGCUAUUAAAACCAGAGCACUCCAGGUAAGUAAACUCUAGUACAUCCAUUCCAAACUAAUUUGGAUUGUCUAGCUGAGGCUCCCUGCAAAAGGAAGCAGAAAGAGGGUGCUGGCAGAUUAGUCAGCACUUAGAUCUUAGAGCAAUUUGACUACCGUGUGCAGAGCAUGGCUUCUUUGCACCUGCUUGUCUGCCCUGGGAUUUCUGACUUGCCUUGCCUUCAAAUCUCACCGUGAAACUUUACCUGAGCUGCUGCCUGCUCAAAGCCCUUCUCUUCUCUGUUUUUCCUGAACAUGGUCCUGAUUAUCUUGUGCCCUGGACUUUAUUCUCAUUUGCUUCCUGUCUAGAACAGAUUCUGCAAAACCUCUUCUUGCAGAUUUCCCAUUUUUUUUCCAGAGCAGUGGGUAGUAGAAAAUUUUUCCACAGUGCUUUAUUUUUCCUGUCAAUACUGUGGUACCUCUGGUUACGAACUUAAUUCAUUCCGGAGGUCUGUUGUUAACCUGAAACCGUUGUUAACCUGAGGUACCACUUUAGCUAAUGGGGCCUCCUGCUGCUGCUGCGCCACUGACGCAUGAUUUCUCAUCUCAUCCUGAGGUAAAGUUCUUAACCUGAGGUACUACUUCCGGGUUAGUGGAGUCUGUAACCCAAAGUGUUUGUUAUCCGAGGUGUUUGUAAUCCAAGGUACCACUGUACUCUGCUCAGAAGGAGCAUGACUGGUGAGAUUGCCCAUAGAGUAGAGGUCCACUGUUCCUCCACUCAGUAUAGUUUUGAACCACAGAGCUGCAGAUCUUGAAUAUCAUCUGGAUCAGUUCUGUGAACUGCUUGACAUCCUACCCUGUGAUUAUUAUCGAAAUUAUAACAUGCCCUACACAGUGAGCAAAGGAAGCCAAGAGCAAUUAGACAAGUGUUUGGAAUAUAUUCACAUAUAUAUGCUAAGGAUACUGCCAUGAGACCAUUAAUGGAUGCCUUUGCAACGAAAACUUUCAAUGCAUCUUUAUUCCCAUGUAGGGAAUUGGAGCAUUAAGAGUUUUGCGGCUAGUUCUAAUGGAAGUGAUAAUAAAAUUCCUUUUCUUUCACCGACUGCUAAUAAUUAGCUCAUUUUAAUUGUGAGGUGAUGUUUAAAAACAUCUGAUUUUUAUUUACAUUUUAGUGAUCCUGUGUUGGUGCUGCUUAUUUUCUGCACUGCAUUUCACUUAAGCUGAGCAUGAACUUUAGCUCUGCAGCUGCUGCUGCUGCUGCUGUUUCUGUUUUCCUCACUCUCCUUAUACUUCCACGGUGCACUUCCUUGGUAGCUUGUCAGUUGAACAAGAGCACACAAUGAAAGGAAUUCAGUGAAAGAUAAUUUUCUUUUGUGGGCGGGGGGAAUACAACCACCACCAUCUAAUGGUGAAUUGCCUGAUGCUGUAGGCUGCCAUGUCUCCACUGCCCCCUCCACCGACCUUAAAAAGUCACCUAAAUAGUAAAUAGGAACCACAUUCCUUCCCUUGGCUGCUUGACAGUGGUUUCUGUAACACCAGCAAGGACAGAAAUGUGAUGGAAAGAGUCCAGAAAAAAGCCUCAGUGAGUGAUUAAUGGCUUUUCUUUCUGCCUCCUUUAUGACGAUGAGUCUGCCUGCAAAAGAACCACACACAGAAUAUCAGGCUGGUUUCAGCUUUGUUCUAAGUACAAAAAGAUUAAAAUGCAACCUAUGUCCUAGUGACUGAGGGCUAAGCUUCACAUAUUACAUCUUGAACAGAUUCGAAAAUUGGGAACAGAGAAAAUUGCCUUACAGUGAGUCAGACCAUUGGUCCAUCUUGCUCAGUAUUGUCUACACCCACUGGGAUUGUGCCCAGGGUUUCAUACAGGGAAUCUCUCCCAGCCCUUCCUGCAGAUGAUGGGGAUCAAACCUGGGACCUUAGAUGCUCUGCGACUGAGCUGUGGCCCUUCCCCUAUCCUAUAAUUAUUGCAUAUCAAGCAGCCAAUGGCCAGUGCUAAGGAAGAGUUCAAAUAAGAUCUUAUUGACAAAUGAUUCUCUUUCUCCACUAAACCCAAGCAAGCAUGAGUUACAGCUCAUAAGGAAUAAUUUGCAGUUCUCUAGGGUCUCUUGCAGGCGUUUUUCUUAGAACGUCCUGCCUCAGAUCCUUUUAAAUGGAAUCAGAGUAGAGAAAUAGUAAUGAUUAAAAAAUAAAAAUGAAAUGGAUUAUGUGCAUAUGUAUCUAAUGGGGGUUUUUUUUUUGGGGGGGGGGUAAAAACAAAACAAAACUAGAAGCCAGUACUCCUAUCUUAAUAAAAGUGCAGUGAGUACCAGUGCAAUAUGGCAGUCCUAGACAAUGAAAAAAGGAUUAUGGUUCCUGAGAUCAAGGAGCGGGAUUUUAUCUAUGUUUGGACAGAGCUGUAUGCCAUUUUGAAGCGAGGUCAAAGCUGUACUGCUUUUUUGGCUUUUUAGAAUUCCCAGGCAACACAUGGUAUGAGGCUACUAGGUAAAGGUAAAGGGACCCCUGACCAUUAGGUCCAGUCGUGGCCAACUCUGGGGUUGCGGCGCUCAUCUUGCUUUAUUGGCCGAGGGAGCCGGCGUACAGCUUCUGGGUCAUGUGGCCAACAUGGCUAAGCCACUUCUGGCGAAGCAGAGCAGCACACAGAAACGCCGUUUACCUUCCCGCUGGAGCGGUACCUAUUUAUCUACUUGCACUUUGACGUGCUUUCGAACUGCUAGGUUGGCAGGAGCAGGGACUGAGCAAUGGGAGCUCACCCUGUCACGGGGAUUCGAACUGCCGACCUUCAGAUUGGCAAGCCCUAGGCUCUGUGGUUUAACCCACAGCACCACCCACGUCUCAUGAGGCUACUAGUAGUAAACAAUUGGGAUAUAAGCAUGUUAGUCCCACAUUUGAUCUCUAAACUGAAUCAACAUCCUUGACCAGAUACAGUGAGUUAAAGAGGGGUUUUCUUUAUUGUUCACAUGCCCAACCCAUAAUAAAUUCUUAUUCAUCUUGCAAUGAACAUACCUACUUAUUUACAAUUGUGUAGAAGUACACCAUCCAUACAGAAAAGUGGGUGUGGUAUUUUAAUAGUAUCUAAAUUUAUGAAAGUAUUGUUUUGUUAUUCCUUGGAGACCUGGACACGGGAAGCACAGUGCAAGUUAUUACACAAAUGGCUAUUGGUUAAUGGUGAUCUUUAACAUUGUUUAGGUGCAACAGAUGCGCUACAAAGACUCCCGCAUCAAGCUAAUGAAUGAAAUUCUAAAUGGCAUAAAGGUUCUCAAGCUCUAUGCUUGGGAACCAUCCUUUGCAGAAAAAGUUCUGGAGAUAAGGAAGAAUGAACUGCAGGUUUUGAAGAAAUCAGCCUACCUAAAUUCUUUGUCAACAUUUGCAUGGAUCAGUGCACCGUUUCUGGUAAGCUUUGUUUGUGUACCUUAUCUUUUGUCAGAGGAACUGUCUGCAAGUUGGCAGGACCGUCCUUGUAACUUAACCAGGGAAAAUAUGAAAAGUCUGUGAAAAGUCCAGUUGCUGAGUUAUUGUUCAUGCAAUGCAAGAAAUGGGCAUGGCUUGACUCCUUCUCAGGAUGUGGCUGCUGGGAGAGGGGCCUAAGCCCUAUGAAAAGAUGCAGUACUACAGAAGAGGAAAGAUGACUGAGCAUGAGUUCUCCGUAAGUCAAAGACAGGGAACCUGUGGCCACCCAGAGCUUGAUGGACAUCUAUUCCCAACAACCCCAGCCAGUUGAGGAUGCUGGAUGUUGCAGUUUCAACAUCUGGAGUGGGGCGGGGGGGGGGGUCACAGGUUUUCCAUCCUUACUCUAAGCAUGGCAAUUUUUACUGCUACUCAUAAUAAUGUAAUUAUAAUUCUCUUCCUGGAAAGCAUAAUAAAGAGAGAAGAUUGGUUUGAUCUGGACUUUCCUGGGCUUUCUACUUACUUGCUAAAUAAAAAAUAUUAAGCCUGUAGUAGGCUAUCCUUCACAUUGCCAAAUUCUGAAACUACUUUUAAACUACUUUUUAAAAAAAUAGUAUUGGUGGUCAAAGUUCCAUCUAGUCUGGCACUCUGUCUUCAACUAGGACUAGUCAGUUAUGCCUGGGAAGCUCAUGAUGGAAAAACACAAUCCUGUACCUGUUCAUUGUCCCCAGUGUCAGAAGUAUCUCCUGUGAACAUGAAAGCUGCAUUUGGCCAGCAGCCAUUAUGUUCUAUAGAUGUGUAUAAUCCUUUAAAACAGGGAUGGUGAACAUAUAGCCCUGCAGGUGUUGCUGAAAUACAACUCCUGUCAUCCCUGUUAAUCACCCAUGCUGAGUGGUGGAAGUUAAGAGUAAAAAGAAAGAAAGUAAAACCUGGCCACAGUUAUCCACCCUGGCUUUAAAAAAUCAUUUUAGCUAGUAACCAUCCCCAGUAUUUUGUGGCAGUGAAUUCCAUAACUUGAGUAUGUGUAUGAAGAAAUACAUUUCCCUGCCUUAUCUUGUAGCUGUUGCCAGUUAGUGACCCUUUAUUCUAGUGCUAUAAAAUGCUGUUUCACUGUUGUUAGGAUAGAUGGAAUGGACUGGGUGAUACAGAACCUAUUAGUAUUUUUGCUAACAAAUCAAAUAUGUCACAUUUCCACCCUCCUAAGAGACUAUCUUACCCCCAGUAUUUAGAUAGGACUAGAUUAUCAACUAACUAGGCAAUAUAAGAUGAAGGAAGCGUACUUCUUUGAGCUUCAUUGUAUGUUCUGACAGAAUUUACACUGACAAGAUUUUUUUUUAAUUAAAAAAAUGAGAAAAGGUCGCAGUUAAUAAAAAAAUAGGAACUAAGUUCAGCAUUCUAUAACAGUGGACAAUUAAUUUUAUCAAGAUUUCCAGCUAUUAUCUGGGAAUAAUAUUUAUUUUCCAGCAUCUGCGCCAAAAUCAAUUACAUUCCCAAGUCAAAUGCUUGACUUUUAUAUCAUGACUGAGUUCCCUUUCUUUGACCCUCAAGCCCCCUUCCUGUUAACCUAACCAUGAAGUGCUUUAAAUUCUGUUCACUCCCAAAGAUAUUCAUCUUCACCCAUUUACAUCAUAAGCAGAAAAUAUUAACAAUACUAUCUUUAGUAGCUAAUCAGAUAGCCUUCCUCCUAACUCUUUAUCUAAAGUGUAUGUUAUCAUUUCCUAAGUUUAAAGAGGUUCUGUAAGUGUGGUUUCAACACUAACAGAAUGAAUGCUCAGCUAAAAACAGAGAGAAAAGGUCAGAGACUGAAUCGAGCUUAAGAGGAGAAUAAAUCCAUCCCAUCUUUUUUGUGUUUUAACCUUCUAAUGCAAUAUGUAGUCAAACAAUAAUAAGGCAGGCUUUUUGUACAUCACAAGUCUUACAAGGUUCAGAAAAGCACAAGAUGCCACAAUUAGAAUGAUUAGACAAGAGUGCAAAGGAACUCGAAAUGAUUUAAUUUGAUCAUGCUAGUUUGCAGUUUUGUCUAUUAAAAGGGAAUGCACUGAAUGCCUACAGGAUUAAGAAUAAUGGAGGAUGAAGAAUGUCAUAUAGUAGAAAUCUGCCAACUCUUCUUGCCAAAGUGUUAAAUUAAAUAAUAAAUGGAUAGGAUCCAUUUAUGUAAUGGGAGUCUGGGGUUUUUUUAUUGUAAUUUUUAUAUUUAUUGUAAAAGAUACAGUACUGGAUAUUGAAAUGGAUUGUGUGAUUAGGAUAAUUAUAUUUUGUAUGGAAUGUUCCACCAUUUGCUUGGAUCACUGAAUGACUUGCUUACGUAAAGGCAAUUGCCAUAAAGUUUUGGAAUGGAAUAUUGUAGAAAAGGGCAUGGCUGGCUGGAACUCUGAACAGGACUUAGCUCUGUUCCUAUCCCAUCUCAUAAUUUUAAAUUGUGUUUUUCCCUAUACCUCUGCAAUCUCAUAGAUACCCUCCUUGAGACAGGACAACCAAAACUUUGCACAGUAUUCUUUGACUGAAUCAUACCAUGGCAUGAUGAUAGUUUGGGGGGGAAGGUCAUCACUUCUCCUAAAUAUUUUCUAUAUCUGUGAAAUGAGUUUACUACUGUGCCUACGUGGCAGGAAAGGGCAAGUUAAAAGAGCUCAACAUGCUUUAAUGUGCAGCUGAGAUUCUGGUUUAAGUAAGCAGACUAUAUUCUGAAACAUUAAUUUUGAGUUUGGGGUGUCUAGGAAUGGCCUUUAUGACACAGUGGACUUUCUACAACAAGCAGUAACUAUCCUGCCUCACCUUGUUUACACCAGCUUUCCUCAUUCUUUAAGGUAACACUGUUCAGUGUGGAGUUGAGGUACACUAGAAGAUCUGUGAGAAAGGGUAGCUAUUUCAUGUAGUUCUCCUUGUAGCAGAAUGCUCUGCAAGAUUAAUUUCCCAACUUUACUAGGAGAAAGGAGAACAGGGAAAUCUUCUGCCCCCAUGCUCUGCAUAUCAGAUCCACAGUGGUCAGGGGGACCAAUUCAGUAUUGUUAUAGAAUAGUGAGUUGCUGCUGCUAUUAUGAAACACCUUCUGGAGGCUGAAUUCCUUGUACUCCUUUGUAUUAUAUUUGCAUUUUUGUGGAGUGGUGCCAUGCUUUCUUGUUCCAUAGCGUAUUAGCAUAUCAAAUAAUCCAACCAAUUGUUCCUUCAUCCCAUACAGAUUGUUCCUUUCAGAUCUUAUAUUUCCAGGAAGGCUACAUUUGAUUCCCUUUAAAAAAAAAUCAAGCCGACAGGUGUUGUUUAUUCAAUUUAUUUUUCUGGCUUCCAGGUUGCCUUGACCACCUUUGCCGUUUAUGUCACCGUAAAUGAAAACAACAUCCUUGAUGCAGAAAAAGCCUUUGUGUCUCUCUCCCUCUUUAAUCUCCUCAGGUUCCCACUCAAUAUGCUCCCCCAGGUCAUUAGCAACAUUGCACAGGUAAGAAUGCUGCCAGUCCUUUAUUUAAACAAAAAGCAAAGGCUAUACCAAAUGUAAACAUAACUUAAGGAGUGGGUGUCUGAACCAAGCCAGACGUGACCAUGACCAACCUGUUGGUUUAAAUCCAGUGCCCCACCCCAGUCAUGUAGGGGCCACCUCCAAACCAGACUAUAGUAGCACACUGUACAUAGGGCUGAUGCAGAUUAACUGCCCAUUUGUACUAUUUGCACCAGCAAAACAAUUUGAGCGGCAGAUAAAUAACCUCCUGAAUUAAUGCACAGUUCUUCCCUUAGGACCGCAAUAAUGAAAAUUCAUUUCUUUCUUUCUUUUUUCCUUUUCGUUUGUUUGUUCUGCUAGACGAGCGUUUCACUGAAGAGGAUUCAGCACUUCUUGUCAAAUGAUGAACUUGAUCCAGGCUGUGUUGAAACCAAGUUAAUUACUCCAGGUAAUAAUACACUGGAGUCAUUUCAUUUGUAUGGUGGAGCUGGAUAGUAAAGGAGGAAGAAAUGGUAGGAGUCUCGUAUUUGGUUAAUGCAGCCCCACAGUUGAAGCCUGUGCGUGUCUCUAACAUCAAGGCAGCAAGUCGGAGCUUCUCGGACUUAUGCCUGCUCCUGUGAAGCACCCUCCCAGGUGGCCCUUUGUUGGCCUCUCCAUUUGAGAAAGCCUCUCCAUUUGCAGGAAAAGGGGGGAAGGAAGUGUUGAGCUGUCCUUGAGCUGCUAAGAAUUAGACUGCACAAAGCACUUGGGUAUAAUCUCUAGAGAACGGCCAGGCCUGGCUAGGGGAGAUAAACAAGUGUGCAUUUCAGUAAUUGCAACUGGAUAAAUAUUUAAGCUGUGGUUGCUGGAUGUCUCUUAUUUUAAAAGUUUCCCCUCUUAUUCCAUAAACACAACAGCUGCAUAGAGGAUUAUGGACGUUACUGCAGAGUCCCGUCAGUCCGUAGCGUUCCACAUCUACCAGCUCUCCAAAGUGGUGGUGGUGUUUUUUCAAAAAAAGUAGUUUGAAAUGUUGAUCUGGCACUGACCUCAACCGCAUGACUUGUGGUCGGGCACGUGACAGAGUGCUGCUUGAGCAACAAAAAAGAAGAAAACGUUUGUGUUCCCCAUAGCUCAUCAACAAAUGCAUCUCACCAGUCCUUUACCCCACCACUUCCUUCUCAUUAAAGAGGCCCAGUUUGAGAUUUCUGCCUGCCUACUCCCCCUAGCCACUGUGAAAUCCGAUGCGCGUGCUCAGAAGUCCCACUGAAUUUGAUUAUGUAUAGGACUGCAGCAUUAGAUUAUGUCUUCUUUUAUUAAAUACAGGGUAUGCUGUUACUGUAAGAGAUGGAACGUUCAGCUGGGCAAAGGAUCUUGAGCCAGCUCUGAAAGAGUAAGCAAGCUUUACUCACUUGUACAUAUUGGAAUUUCCUUACUGCUUAUAACUUGGAGCCAGCUCCCUCGGCCUGUAAAUCAAGAUGAGCGCCGCAACCCCAGUCUCAUCUGCCACUGGACUUAACUGUCAGGGGUCCGUUACCUUUUUUUUUAAACAGUUCCAUAAAUUUGCCAAAUAUGGGGCAAGAGUAUUCAGUAUUCAAAGGUAUAAUUAAACACAUGGUUACCUAGAAUUAAUGGGACAUAAAAGUGUGCAGCUUUGACUGGAUUGUGUCCAUGCUUGUUUCUACUUUUUGCUUUUUGUUUGCUUUAUACACUGAAAUUUUGCAUUUUCAAAAUGUACCGUAUUUUUCGCUCUAUAGGACACACUUUUCCCCCUCCAAAAAUGAAGGGGAAAUUUGUGUGCGUCCUAUGGAGUGAAUGCAGGCUUCAGGCAGCUAUCCGCAAGUCUUCAGAGCACUCCGAAGCCUUGCGGAUGGCAGCCUGAAGCCUGCAGCCUGAAGCCCGGGGAGCGCAGCGUCAACUGCCGCUGCGCUCCCUGGGCUUCAGGCAGCUAUCCGAACACAAACAAAUUGUUGAGCAAAAAGGAGAGAUUUUUCAGUUGUGUUGCCGAAGAUCCAGGACAAACCGCUGCUUUUCGGAAAUUCCCCCUGGACGUCACUUCUGCCAUUGAAAUCCUGGUAUUGUGUGGGAAAAUACGGACGUGUGGCAACCGUAAACAUGGGGAAAGCACUGAAGAUAUAGAGUUACUCUGGUUAUUUGUGAAGCAACCUGCUGCAUUAAAAAAAUUAUCUGCCAAAUCUAUCUGGCAGUAUCUCUGCCAGCAUUACAUGCAGCUGCCAAGACAGUUACUAUCUUAAUCUAGGCACAAAUUACAGGCAGCCUAUAUGCUUAAGGCAUCUGGGAACCUACGGGUGGAGGAGGGACACAUGACUGCCUUUCAGAUGCCAAGUCAGCAUGAGUAGACAUUUUCAGCACUUCUUAGUGCCUGGAAAUUGUCUUGUGAAAAGCUUUGGUAUUUGUCCAAGUCAUGACUCAUCAAAUCUAGUGCGCACACGGACAACUUAUGAAAUGUGGUGACUUGCAACAGGAACAUGUGUAAGUAAGUAAAUAAAUCAUGGCUCUGUUUUAGUGCACCACUGCAAAAGUAAAAUCUCAUUCAGCUGAACACAUACAAAAAGGGACAUAUGACUCAAAGUUGAAAAAGGUCAGCUGGGAAAUGGUAGGGAGCUCUUUGCAACUCACUACAAAUGGAAUCUAAUUGUGUCUCUUUAUUUUUUUAAGUUGGCUAUAAGACUCCUAUGUGUUGUCAUGACAUCUUUCAGGCUUCCCUCUUCUGAAGGCAUUAACUCUCCAGUCAACAUUCUUUAUUCUUUCCCUGACCACAUGACCAAAUCUGGGGAAAGCUGAUUAAACAGAAUCUCUGGUGGAAUGCUGUGUUGAAUUCCUGCCAAGGAGAGUACAUACCUUGUGCUUAAACACAGCACGUAAAGAAAGACAGACAUGUUUUUUACUUUAUGAUGGAAAUUCCAGAGAGUAACUAUCUUAAGUCUAGUGCAAUAAAAACAGCUCAAAAGAUCUGAUAACAUCAGUUAUGACCUACAAAAGCUUAUGUCACAAUAUUUUUAAGAUGCCACAGGAUUCUGCUUGGCUUUAUUAUCUUUACAUUAACUAGGUAUGUUUUUUUUGUCAGCAAAUUAGUCCAUCCUCAGUUUUACCUUCUUUUACUCCCUACAGCAUCAAUUGGUUGGUCCCUAGUGGUUCUUUGGUGGCUGUUGUUGGACAUGUUGGCUGUGGGAAGUCAUCCUUGGUGUCUGCUCUUCUUGGAGACAUGGAAAAGCUCCAUGGGAACGUGGCCGUGAAGGUUGGUUCACAGUACAGCAUUGUAUCCAUUUUGAGCAUUUGGAAAAUAUUUGUGGCUUUCAAACUGAUCUGCUUUAUGUAUGUUUUUGAUACCUCCUUUUAGGGUUCAGUCGCUUACGUUCCCCAGCUAGCCUGGAUCCAGAAUGCCACCUUGAAAGAUAACAUCUUGUUUGGCCAUCUUCAUAAUGAGAAGAAGUACCAAACUGUCUUAGAGGCAUGUGCCUUGAAGCAAGAUCUCGAGAUGCUUCCAGGGGGAGAUCAGACUGAGAUAGGCGAGAAGGUACAUUUACAGCAAAUGUAGGUGGUGAUGGUUGCCCAAGGUGGUAAAGGACACAAGUCAUUCCUCACUAAGUGUCUUCACAACCUUCCAGAUGCGGUCAAGCUGUUUGGCUUGACUGACCUUAGUGCUAAGCCUGCCCUCUCCAGCCAGAACCCUGCAAUGAAUCACCAGGUUCACUGGAGUUUCAGAACACCAUUGGCCUAUAAUUAUGGACUAAUACCAUAGUGACCUGAAUAUAAGCCGCAACCUUACAAAAAUUGGCUUUUACGAUAUCGCUGCUGAAACAGACAUAUGGUAAAACAGAACAAAAAAUGUUUUAUUGCCGAUUUGCAAGUUUGAGACUGUUUAACCCUCUCUAGUACCCGUAGGAUUUUCUUCUACAUUUGCCACUUAGGGGUGUGAGUGCCUGCGGAACUGUACAUUUCCGAGCACAUUUCAAAGUGUUGGUGCUGACCUUUAAAGCCCUAAACGGCCUCGGUCCAGUAUACCUGAAAGAGUGUCUCCACCCCCAUUGUUGUGCCCAGACACUGAGGUCCAGUGCCGAGGGCCUUCUGGCGGUUCCCUCACCGCAAGAAGCCAAGUUACAGGGAACCAGGCAGAGGGCCUUCUUGGUAGUGGCACCCACCCUGUGGAAUGCCCUCCCACCAGAUGUCAAAGAGAAAAACAACUACCAGACUUUUAGAAGACAUCUGAAGGCAGCCCUGUUUAGGGAAGCUUUGAAUGUUUGACGGACUAUUGUAUUUUAAUAUUCUGUUGGAAGCCGCCCAGAGUGGCUGCGGAAACCCAGCCAGAUGGGCAAGGUAUAAAUAAUAAAUUAUUAUUAUUGUAGCAAUUGAACAGUGAUUUGCUAUUUUAGCUAUUGUAACUUUUCGGGUAUUCUCUUUUCCCCUUGAAUUUUAAAGGUGCGGCUUAUUAGUGGGUGCGGCUUAUAUUCAGGCCAAUACUGUAGAUCUGAAUGGAAUGUCCACAAAAGGACCUAUCAUAUUCUGACCUUUUUGAUUUCCACUGAAUCAUAUAAAAGUAGUGUUCUCUAAACAACUUGAUAUAGCUGAAAUCUCCCAAGAUAACCAUCAUCAGAUGUGUUAACCAUCUUCAGGAACACUGUCAUUGUCACUUGAACCCCAAUACAAUGCAUCUCUCGCAGAACGGCUAGGAGUACCACCCCCCUUCAGUUAACUGCAAGAAAACUGUCACAAGCAACAUUUUUACAUUUAAAUUUCUCCACCGUUUCUUCACAGGGACUGUCUCUAAUAUUUUUACUUUAGAUCAACAUCCAUUGAUUUAUAACAAACAGCCCAUGGAUAUUGUAAUAGAAUGUUUGAUCUAUUGACCAUACAGAUAUUGUAGUUGGUUUUUUUUCACCCUGCUUCUGCUGAAGCUGAUAGCAGUGUUGAAUUUAAAAGCUAUGGUGUGCUUUUUCUCUUUUCCCCAUCUCACAGGGCAUCAAUCUCUCAGGUGGCCAGCGGCAACGAGUGAGCCUUGCCCGUGCUGUUUUCAGCGAGGCUGAUGUUUAUUUGCUAGACGACCCCCUUUCAGCUGUGGAUUCCCAUGUGGCCAAACACAUAUUUGACAAAGUUAUUGGACCAGAAGGAAUGCUUAAAGGAAAAGUGAGCUAACAAACAUCUAAAAUUCUCCAUGUCUGCAGUCACUUCAGCAUAGUACUGUACAAGAACAUGUAGAAUUGUGUGAAACUUUUCUUUUCUUUGGGUAAAGGAAGGGAAGAGCAGAGAAAGUUUCUAGUCCUCCUAAAAUUAUUAAAAGGAGAAAUGAUUGAAACUAUGUAAGCCAUGAUUUCAAAACAUGUUUAGUGUGGAAGUUGACCUCCUUUGCCCCCCAAAAAGCCCACUUCCUCAUUCUCAGUCAUAUGUUGCUAUAUAGCAGCAGCUUUGCACUAAUGUGCAGCUAGAAAAGCAAUCCUAUUUUGUUCAGGCUUAGAUGACUUCUAACUGGUUUCAUUCUUACACGACUGUUUGCAGUAAUCGCAAAUUGCAGCUUCUUGACAAACUGCCUGUUUUAAUUCUUACCUUGCUAAAACAAAAGCAGGAUGAGUAUCGCCUGACCAUUGUCUUGUUUCCCUUUUCAGACUCGAAUUCUGGUGACCCACAGCAUCAAUUUUUUGCCACAGGUGGACCACAUUGUUGUACUUGUAGAUGGCAAAGUCUCUGAAAUGGGGUCCUACCAAGAGCUUUUGCAACAAAACCAGGCUUUUGCAGAGUUCCUCCGCAAUUUUGCACCUGAUGAAGACAUAGAAGAAGAUGAACCUACAAGUAAGGAUUCCCACCUCCUUGUCUCAAAUUUAUCCUCAGACUGUUAGUUACAUCAUGCCAGAUUGAAAUGCUAGGAGCAGUUUGGAACAGAGUUUAAAUCUUUUUUUAAAGAAAAAGCAUACAAAAUGAUGAGCACUUUCCCAUAUAUGUAUAAAUGUAGCCCUUAAAAAAAAACUUGGGGGGACACACAAAGAUGCCUACUAUUCAAGAACAUUGGGGUUCCCCCCCCCCAUUUUUGUAGAGAAUUGAAACUGAGUGGACCAGGGGAUCCUUGCAACCUGGUCUAGGCAGUGCCAUCACUCUGUUUACUACUAGGGGGAAAGGCUGUGAUUAAGAAUUAGGAUUGGAAGUAGCUAGCUGUAGGUUGGUAGGUUGGUUUUUCCUUGAGAUGAGGCUUUUCUUUACCUUCUUCCCCCACCUCCUCAUUACACUUGUAUAAUUAUAAUGCCAUGGAAUCAUCAGUCAAUCCUAUUUCUUUCCAGACAUGCUUGCAUGUAUACUUGUUAUAAUUCACAAGGUUCACAAUGCUGUAUCAUGGGACCCUAUUAGCCCCACUCCUUGUGUCAAAGCUGGCAUCCCAGGCCUGAUUAUUCAGAUAUUGCCUAGAAACCCAAACACACCGAAGCCCUCUUAAAUUUCCCUAAAGAGUUGAACUUCCUUCUUGAUUUUCAGUCUUUUUUGUGGCUUGGGAAGCUGUACACUCAGCAAAACCUUUCUAAAAGAUUGGCUCAGCAAAAAGCCAAAAUAAGCUAAAGAUUUCCUAUCCCAUUGCAUUAGUGGAAGAUGAGGAGGUCCUGCUUGCUGAAGACACACUCAGCAACCACAUAGAUCUGGCAGACAAUGAACCAGUGACAAACGAAGUCCGUAAGCAAUUCCUAAGGUAAACCCUGAACCUCUCUUUAAAGGCGUUACUACAGAAAUUGAGCGAACUUGCCUGUUCUGUCAUUCAGCUGCAUAAUUACCAUAAUUCUUAUUUUUCUCCUCCACCCCACCCAUUUUAAUAUAUAAAACACAGAGAGCUCAGUGUAAUAUCUUCAGAUGGGGAAUGCCCUGGUAAAAUGUCAAGGAAAAGAAGAGUGUGUGAUAAAAAGCCACCUGAGACAACUCAACCCAAGAAAAGUCCUAACAAACUCAUUGAGGCAGAAACUGCUGAAACUGGCACGGUAAGAAAGGUUUGCUUAAACAAUAAGGACACUUUACUUCUUCAAAGAUGCUUCCUAAUUUAUUAAAAAGUACCUAGCAUAGGAGGGACACGGGUGGCGCUGUGGGUUAAACCACAGAGACUAGGACUUGCCGAUCAGAAGGUUGGCAGUUUGAAUCACCGCGACUGGGUGAGUUCCCAUUGCUUGGUCCCUGCUCCUGCCAACCUAGCAGUUCGAAAGCACGUCAAAGUGCAAGUAGAUAUGCUGGCCACAUGACCAGCGGCCAAUAAAGCGAGAUGAGCGCCACAACCCCAGAGUCGGUCACGACUGGACCUAAUGGUCAGGGGACCCUUUACCUUUACCUAGCAUAGGAGCAGACAAAUUCAGGAAACUCAGCUGCAUAAUUUGUGGCAGUGGAGAGCUUCUGGGUGGGUAGCCUUGCCCAUCAGUCAGAUGUGGUCCUUUGAAGGUUGGCUUGCAGUUGACGGAAACUGCUUUCCCAAUAAUAUAUUGAAACACCACUUAACACUUUCUCAUUGCUCUUUGACACACAGCACAUAUAUAUUUUUUCCCAUUACAUGGGACUCUUCUUUAUUUAGAUUCAUCAAGUAUGAAUUCUCCCUGGCUAUAUAUUGCUUCUAUUUCUGUAACAGUUCUAUGUUUUCCAUAUGAUACCCUACUCUGGACAUCCACAUUUUCUGCCUUCAGGAAUGCCUGCAUAAUGUGAUUUCAUGUUGGUGAUUCCUAGUUCACUCUGUGCACAAAUUCUGACUCUGGCAAGUGGCUAGUUUUUCUGUGAAAUUAAAGGCAUUAGUUUUUAUAAACUAAACGAACUCUAUUUUGUCUCAAACUGUAGGUCAAACUGACUGUUUUCUGGCAAUAUAUGAAGGCUGUUGGCCCUCUAGUUUCUUUAUUUAUAUGUUUCCUGUACUGCUGUCAAAAUGCUUCUGCAGUCGGGGCCAACGUGUGGCUCAGUGACUGGACCAAUGAGCCGGUAAUAAAUGGCACUCAGCGCAACGUGAGCAAGCGAGUCGGAGUUUAUGCUGCCCUGGGUCUCUUGCAAGGUUAAGUGUGUUAUUUGCUACUGCUCCUAUAGAUUUAAAUCCACCUUGCUAGCGGAGCUAGAGGAAAUGGUGUGUGGUAUGGAAUUUACUGGUGGUUCUUAAACAGUGGUCUAGGACAAAGGUCUGAUGGCAUUCUCAGGUAAAUGGAUUGAAAGGAACAGAGGAAAACAGUGAAGAACCAGAAGUUUAAUUGUAUCAUUCUGUCUGGCAAGCUUAAAGGUUUGCAACAACACAAAGUCGAAUUCUACCCUAGGAACAAAUAUUCCUAUAUCAUAAAUAGGGAUGUCUAUUCCUAUAUUCCUAUAUCAUAAAUAGGGAUGUCUUGCUCCUUAAGGGACGCGGGUGGCACUGUGGGAUAAACCAUAGAGCCUAAGACUUGCCGAUCAGAAGGUUGGCAGUUUGAAUCCCCGUGACGGGGUGAGCUCCUGUUGCUCGGUCCCUGCUCCUGCCAACCUAGCAGUUGGAAAGCACAUCAAAGCAGUGGCGUAGCGUGGGGGGUGCAGGGGGGGGCCGGCCACACCGGGCGCAACAUCUGGGGGGGGGGCGCGCUCACACUCGAGUGCUAAAAUCCACGGGUUAGGGGGCGCAAAUUACUUGCCUUGCCCCGAGUGCUGACAAGACAACCCACGCUACGCCACCGCAUCAAAGUGCAAGUAGAUAAAUAGGUACCGCUCCGGCGGGAAGGUAAACGGCAUUUCCGUGCGCUGCUCUGGUUCGCCAGAAGCGGCUUAGUCAUGCUGGCCACAUGGCCCGGAAGCUGUACGCCGGUUCCCUCGGCCAAUAAAGCGAGAUGAGUGCUGCAACCCCAGAGUCAGCCACGAGUGGACCUAAUGGUCAGGGUCCCUUUACCUUUACCUUUACCUUUACCUUUACCUUACAUUACUCCUGACACAAUAAAAGUUGGUUUAUUUGUUUAGUUGUAAAAUGUAUAUCCUGCCCUUUAUUAAACAAAAGUCAUAUCAUAUAAAAUUACAAUCAAACCAACCAGAAAAUAUUUGCAGAAUUUAAAAAUCACAGUCUAAUCUCUCUAUAUGCAACCUCCUGCCAUCCAUCACUUGAUGCACGAGGUGAUACUGUCAAUUCGUAUAGCCUGCUAGAGGAGUUGCAAAGUUAUGAUUAGAACAGGGCCACAUGCAAUUGGUACACUCAAGUUUUCUGCUUAUUUAUCCCUUUUGCAAACAGGGGUUUUUGUGCUGAUCUCCUCUUUUACUCUGGCAAUGGGUGGCAUCAGAGCGGCUCGUACUCUGCACUCCGGAUUGCUGGAGAACAAACUCCACACCCCACAGUCUUUCUAUGACACAACUCCAAUUGGCCGAAUCAUCAACCGCUUCUCAAAAGACAUCUACGUGAUCGAUGAAGUGAUACCGCCAACUAUCUUGAUGUUCCUGGGAACCUUCUUUGUUUCUGUGUCAACGAUGAUUGUGAUCAUAGCAAGCACCCCACUCUUUGCUGUGGUUAUAAUACCUCUGGCAAUCCUAUACUUCUUUGCCCAGGUAAUUGGGAUAAGUACCUUUUUUGGCUUCAUUGCUUGUUUUCUUUAUUUUUUUAACAGAAUGUUAGGUGGCUGGCAUAAUCUUUUUAUUUUUUAGUAUUUCAAGCCCCAAGUGUGCAUCCCUUAAUAUGUGUGUGAAUACUGGAUGCAAUUACUUUGAAUGCAGAGUAUUCAAAGUAGGAUCCAAAGUAGGAUUGUCUGAAGUCACUUACAUUCUGCAAAAUAGCUUUUGCAACAUUUAGUUGUUGUUAGGCACAGCAAGAAGGGAGUAGGAGACAUAGAACAGGAGAGGUGGCUAACUCACCAGCAGCCUUAGACAAGACUCUUGUGGCUCUCUGGACCUUUCAUAGCAGCUCUUGCAUAUUUUCAAAUCAUCCUCUCCUUUUAAUUGCUUUUGUUGUUGUUUAUAAAGUAAUCACUAAUGAAAAGGCAGACAAGGGCAUAAUAUUGCAAUGCCACAGAGUAAAGAACAUAUAUUCUAAGGGAAGUAUUGUAAAGUAUUGCACUUGGGCAAAAAAAAUGAGAAGGCACAAAUACAAGAUGGGUGACACCUGGCUUGAGAGCAGUACAUGUGAAAAGGAUCUAGGAGUCUUGGUUGACCACAAACUUGACAUGAGCCAACAGUGUGACGUGGCAGCUAAAAAAGCCAAUGCAAUUCUGGGCUGCAUCAAUAGGAGUAUAGUAUCUAGAUCAAGGGAAGUAAUAGUGCCACUGUAUUCUGCUCUGGUCAGACCUCACCUGGAGUACUGUGUCCAGUUCUGGGCACCACAGUUCAAGUAGGACACUGACAAACUGGAACGUGUCCAGAGGAGGGCAACCAAAAUGGUCAAAGGCCUGAAAACGAUGCCUUAUGAGGAACGGCUAAGGGAGCUGGGCAUGUUUAGCCUGGAGAAGAGGAGGUUAAGGGGUGAUAUGAUAGCCAUGUUCAAAUAUAUAAAAGGAUGUCACAUAGAGGAGGGAGAAAGGUUGUUUUCUGCUGCUCCAGAGAAGCGGACACGGAGCAAUGGAUCCAAACUACAAGAAAGAAGAUUCCACCUAAACAUUAGGAAGAACUUCCUGACAGUAAGAGCUGUUCGACAGUGGAAUUUGCUGCCAGGGAGUGUGGUGGAGUCUCCUUCUUUGGAGGUCUUUAAGCAGAGGCUUGACAACCAUAUGUCAGGAGUGCUCUGAUGGUGUUUCCUGCUUGGCAGGGGGUUGGACUCGAUGGCCCUUGUGGUCUCUUCCAACUCUAUGAUUCUAUGAUUCUAUGAUUCUAAGUUUGCUUUCUCAUUAAUUGAGAAAUAGAAGCUUACAAAUCACAACUCAUAAAUCAGUUAAACUUUCUGUGAAAAAUACUAACUUAAUUGAUGGAGGCAUUCCCCCCCCCCCCCCGUUUUAGAUAGCCAUCCCUCUAUCAAAGGGGUAUUCCUUUUGGAGACAGCUUUUAACUAGACAUAGUUUAGCAAACACUGACCCAUAAAACCAGUGCAGGUGCACCCAUGGACACUGCUUUGGCAACCCAUGACUUCUUCUAUGAUAGGUGGAGAACUUAUUUCUCUCUAGAUGUUGUUGGAGUUGAAAACCCAUCAGCGCCAGCCAGCAUGGCUAGUGAUCAAUAUGGGAGUUGCAGCCCGGCAACAUCUGGAGGGCCGCACAGCCCCCCCCCCCCCGCUCUGUUAUCUCCACGGUCGUUGCUCUAUUGACCAAGCAGAAAACCAUAUAUCUUUUAUGAUACCAGGCCUGCAAAUCCCAAGGCUUCAUACUCCCCUCCAGCUCAGAGGCUUCAAAAGUGGUGGACAAAAUAUUAAUACAAAAGAAAAAUACAAGAAGAGCACAAUAAAUACAAGCAACCAAUCAAAAUCAGUAUAAAAUAGCAAAAUAACCAAGUGCCCACCUACCACACUGGGUAUACUAUACAUUUAUGAGUUGAAUUCAUACUCUUAAAAAAGCUCAGCUGUUUAGAACGUGGUGCUGAUAAUGCCAGGGUUGCAGGUUCGGUCCCUGUAUGGGACAGCUGCAUAUUCUUGCAUUGCAGGGAAUUGGACUAGUUUAUCCUCAGGGUCCCUUUCAACUCUACAGUUCUGUGAUUCUACAGCAUUCCGCCUCUCACAUAGUAGCCAGCUUAGUUCACAUCCCCUCUUCCCUGGGUAGCUCCAGUCUCUCAUCUAGGAGCAAGUCAAUCCACAAACAAUCACCCCAGAGGCAGUGCCCUCACCUUUCACCAUACCCUGAAGGAGCAAUUCAAAACAUGUGGAAACUUUCCCCUAGAAAGAGUUACAGUUGUGGAAAAGUCCUUAACCUUGGGUAGAAGAUUUGGCCAGCUAGACCCACCCAUGAAGAACCCAUCUAGAACUCACCAUACCACAUUCCCUUUUGUAUCUAACAAUAGCCUUUGGGCCAAAGUCCCCGCAGGCCUUAAAUCUCAGCCUCUGAAGUUCCCAAUUCAAGCCCCAGAAUCUGAUAGCAUGUUGCUGGGAACAAACACAAAACACACACUACUUCUUCUUUGACGAUCACUCGUAGCCAAGUAAGACUGCCUUCCAUGAACAUGGUCUUAACGGUGCGUCUGUAAGUGACGCACACACAGGCCACGAGGCUGUCAGUCGAAUGUGAAUAUUUCUAUUUGAUUAACAGCUUCCCUUUUAAGCAAUCACUUAACAAUUGAAAUGGUAGAGCAUUCUCUUUGAGUAAAUUUUAAUGACAGUUUCUCUAAGCAUAAAUUACACAGACCAGCUACUCUAAAGCCCAUUUUAAAAGCACUACCCGAAUGAAGAAAUGCAUUGUGUGGGAGCUCAGAUUAAAAAUAACGAUGAUGACAAUGAUGAUGAAAAUCUGCAUUUACCAAAUGAAUAGAUCAAUUGCACCAGUUAAUCAAGAAAUGUUUUCAAGCCCUUAGGAAACAUUAGGAAGCAGCAAUAGGAACAUCAUAACUGCACAGCAGGACCUCCCUUUGCUCUUUUUGUUGGCAAGCUUGCCUUUCUGCCAGUGUAGGAUAGUUCUUUAAGUCAUCCUGUAACAGUGGCAAUCGUCUGCAUUAUAAUGUUAAAAACUCAGCUCAGUGGGCUGGCUGGUAGACACGGCAGUAAAUUGAUGAUUGGGUGCGUUCUCAGAGUUGCAGCAUAGAAGCCUGCUUAUGCAAUCAUUGAGGGAUAGUGCUUUUCUUCAGACUGUUCCACUUUAGGAGCCAGUGUGGUGUAGUGGUUAAGAGCGGUAGUCUCGUAAUCUGGUGAACCGGGUUCGCUUCCCCGCUCCUCCACAUGCAACUGCUGGGUGACCUUGGGCUAGUCAUACUUUGAAGUCUCUCAGCCUCACUCACCUCACAGAGUGUUUGUUGUGGGGGAGGAAGGGAAAAGAGAAUGUUAGCCGCUUUGAGACUCCUUCAGGUAGUGAUAAAGCGGGAUAUCACAUCCAAACUCUUCUUCUCCUUCUUCAGGCUGCAAGUGCAGGGGCUAUAUAUUUCAAUGCUUCUCCAUAAAAUAAAUUCCAUGUGCACAAAGAUGCCCACAUGUCUCAGAAGAAGACUGUCCUCCCAGACAUUGUGUUUUUCUGUGCACAGGGAGUUUUUGUGGUGGAGCGAGCAUUAUUUGUGUACUAAAGUGAGAUAGUCUAGGAAAAGCUUUACCAUGUGAUUCUGGUGUCUAAUCAAUUGUCCCUAGGUUUAGAGUUGGAAAUAGGAAAUGCUUCCCCGUCCCGGGUGUUUCUCACUCUUACGUCGCACAGACAUGGCACAGUGUAUUAAUAGUUCAGCUCAAAUAUCUAAAAGGUUUCACGUUUCUUUGUUUCGUUUUGUUGUUUUACCUGUCUGCCUUUGAACCGAACAACGGCAGCGGUUCUACGUAGCUACCUCUCGCCAACUGAAGCGGCUGGAAUCCGUCAGCAGGUCUCCCAUAUAUUCUCAUUUUUCGGAAACCGUCACAGGAGCAAGCGUCAUCCGAGCUUAUAGAAGAGGAAAGGCUUUUGUUCGUCUCAGUGACAUGAAGGUGAAUGACAACCAGAGAAGUCACUAUCCCUCAAUUGUGUCCAACAGGUAAAAUCAAUCUUUGAAUUAAAAAAAAAAAAGUUAAUGGAAAUAAUUUGAGUGAUUGAACUAGAGAAACAGCUUCCUCGUUCCGUCUGUUUCUGAUGUUCGGGCUGUGCAUGCCCUUAAUUAUGUAGCCAAAACAGCACCACCCAACACAAGAGGGAGGCAUCAGCAGAAGUUUGCAGAAGUACAUAAAAUCUUUUUAAAAUCCUAAAGGAGCUGGAACUCCCAAAAUAGCCAGUGAGGGCUGAGAGUAUUGAGUAACCACAGAAUGCUGGCUGACUGAUGCUGGGGAAGAAAUGGAGGGGUAAUGGAAUGGAGUAUCUUGAAGGGUAGCACUCCAUAUUGCAGCAUUUUGUUGCAGAUCCCACUUGUUUUCACAUGUUGCAUUUUGAGUUCUGUACUAUUUACUUCUUUAUGUUUUCUCGUUUAAUAGGUGGCUGGGAAUUAGAGUUGAAUUUGUAGGGAACUGCGUCGUAUUUUUUGCAGCCCUUUUUGCUGUGUUAAGUAAAAACAGUCUGAGCCCUGGCCUGGUUGGACUUUCCGUGUCCUAUGCAUUGCAGGUGUGUAGAAUGUGUCUCAGGAGAGAGCUCAUCUGAACAGCGGAACUGAAAUAUCAUUAUAGUGUGACCUUUUCAUUAGGCAUUUGGGCUUUAAUUGCACAAUUCUGCAGCAUUUCUACCCUUCAGGCUAAUAAGGGCUCAGGGUGUGGGUGUGUGGAAGACUGGUUGAAAGAAAAUUGAGAGAAAUGGGAAGAAAAUAAAGAACAAACCGAGGAAUAAAAGGAAAUGCUUUUGGAAGAUUGCAUCUAAGAUUGUCAGCUUACAUGUCUGGGGGAUUUUUCCCUCCAUAUUAAAAAGCCCAAUCACAGAGUUAAUCAGAUUCUGUGCAGAGCGAAAACAAUGCAUUAGCUGUGCGUUUGAAUGCAAGCAGUAUUUAUUCUGGUUGAGGAAAAGAAUAUCACUCUCCCUCCUGGCAGGGUGCCAGCUGGUUGGGAAUGGCUCCCACAGUUGGUUCUGCUCAUGUGCACAUAUAUGCCCCUGUAUUUAUUUUAACAGUUUCUAUGCUGCCUGCCAAUGCAAAAUGUAAAGGGCUGUUUAUAAUAGCUAAUAAUAACACAAUAAAACUACAAUGAACUACAGAUUGAUAAAAAAAAAACACACCACACCAUUCACAGCAAGGCAAUCAAAAUAUCUUCAGAGGUUAGGAAAACCAGAGGUUUUUGCCUGGUGCCUAAAAGAUAGUGGCACAGGUACCAUUGGGUGAGCCUCUGGGGAGGGUGGGGAGAGCUCCACAAGCAAGGCGCCACAGCCAAAAAGGUCCUGCCCCAUGUAGCUCCAGAGAGGAGGGGGCCAAAGGAAAUUGCAGCUCUCGCAGCGUGAAGGGAGCCUUCAGGAAGCUUACGAUGGCAGUGUUGUGCUUCUUGUUCUUGAUAACUGAGGAGAAACUACACCAAGGUUUUAACACUAUAUUCUGCUAAAUUUCCCACAGCAGGGCAUUUAGUUAAGCAUAGCAUAUUAUGGUAGCCAUCAGUUUAGGCAAUCUACAAGGGAUUUAAGCACCCUUUCAAUAAGGUGUGAGGUCAUCAGCUUUACUAAGGGUGGGUUAGAUUCGAUAUGGCUAUAAAAUCCUGAAGCAAAACAGUGGGCUUCACUUUAAAAAGUGCACUGCCAUACCUCAAUCAGAAGAAACAAUCUUUGAUGGAGAAAUUGCUUUGUGAAAUUCUUGGUCCUAUACUAUUACAUCUGGUCAGAUCAGAAGAUUUGAGCUUUGCAUCUCAGCUUUAAAAGCUAUGAAUGCUGAUUUUGUAGAAAGGAAAGGCAUAUUGAUUGAAUCUCUAUCCCAAGUAACAGUGGGAUCACACAUUAAAAUUGGCAAAGCAAUGAAUUCUACCACGGUGCAUUUAUAUUCAGUGGAAUAGAAGAAAUAGCGAUACCUUUGAUAGUUUAUAAUAAGCCCUCAAAGGUUUCAGGGAAAUUGAAGGUACUGUGUGCACGCUCAUUUGCUUGUAGGGAUUUGCAAUAAAAUUAGAUGCUGGAAUAUUAGGCUUACCCAAAUGGUGAUGUUGUAAGCAUGGGAAGCUACAGUAUUUCCUUUUUCUUAUUGCUGUAUCCUUCUAUGAAGGAGGGGAAGCAACUGAAGAAAGGUGAUGUCUUCUGAGACAUUAAAGAGAGCAAUACAGGCGAUGGGCCAUUUUGCGCGGGGGGUGGGGGUUUUAUUCCCAGCCCCCAUGCAUAUCGUUGGAGCGCACAUAAGCGCACCCUGCCCUGUUCCACCCCCAUUAUGUUCCUGUCCUGCCUUCUUCCGGGUCCAAAAGGGGAGCAAUACAAAUGGGGAUGAUAUCAGAACUUCCUAAUUUCUCAAAGCUUCACCUGUUAUGGUUUGUGUUCAGCUCAGCGUAAUGUCAGCUGAAUUUCGACCCUGCAUUUCAAGGAUGGUCUGUAGCAGGAGAGGCCAGUCUGGUGCCUUCCAGUUGCUGUUGGACUGCAACUCCCAUCAUCCCUGACUCUUGGCCGCACCGGCUGGGGCUGAGAGGGAGUCCAGUUGAACACCAAUGGGCACCACCUUUGCUCUGUGGGUAAAUACACACACACACACACACACACACACACACACACACUAUAUGAUGGUUAAUAUAUUUAUUUAUUUGUGACAGUGCUUUUCUCAAACAGGUAACAUGUUGUUGUUUCUUAGGUGA